UACUCUAUAUUGCUUUAUUUACAGUUCAAAGCUGGUAUAUUACAGAAAGACAUCUUGCCUCUGCCAGAGCAGAGAAAUGCAUCCUCUCUCCUCAACAGCUCGGAGAGAAACACACAGUGAAAAACAGGAAACCAGUGUACGUCACAUCCAGUCUCCCUUUCCCGUGAGAAACUCCAACAGUACAGACUGUGGAAUGUAAACACCUGUCUCAUGACAAGCAGAGCUGCACAGUGAAGGAAAGCAGAAACCAACAUCCCCCCCCUUUCUGUGAACAUCACUGGGCAGCGUGUUCGUACAGUAUCAGUACAAACCCAACUUCUGCACAUAGGUACAGUGUUGAUCCCUUGAUACAAUCUUGGACAAUACAUCAGCAGGAAUUUCAUUACCUGGCAUAUAGGACACCGUUACGAGUCCCUUCUGAAUACAUUCCCUAGCAUGCUGCAACUUUAAUUGCAAGUGCUUUGUGCUUUGCUUACAACCUUCAGACUUCAGCAAAGCCAAACAUGCUUUGUUGUCCUGGUAAACCUGGAUUGGACAUUUGACAGGAAUUUUCAUAUCUUUGCACAAUUGUACUAACCAUUCACAAUCCUUAAGUGAAUAAGACAGUGCAUUCAGUUCGGCUUCACAAGUACUUAAGCUAACUGUUGUUUGCUUCUUGCAUGACCAAUCAAACAGACUCUGAUUGUACAUGUAGCAAACUCCAGACGUACUUUUCCUGUCUGUAGUGUCACUUCCAAAACUUGCAUCUGCAAAUAUCUCAAGACCACCAGACUUCUGAUUGUUAAAUCUCAGUCUGUAAUGCAUAGUGCCUUUCAAAUACCGCGCUAUGCGUUUCAGAGCUUUCCAAUCCUUGACACUAGGAUUGUUGACUUGUCUGCUUAGCAAAUUACAGCUAACAGCAAUGUCUGGUCUUGAACAUCUGGCAAUGAAGUUUAGCUUGCCUAGCACACUCCUGUACAGUGUAGUGUCAGAAAAUGCUUCUUCAGUGUCAUCUACCUGAUAACCUGUUGUCAUCGGUGUGUCUACAGGGUUAGCAUCCAUCAGAUUUAGUUUGCUUAACACAUCAGCAAUUUUCCGUGACUGGUGUACUAGAAUGUUACCAUCUUGAUCUCUCUCUAUUUCCAGAGAUAGGUAGUUGUUUACCUCACCAAGAUCUUUCAUGUCAAAGUGCUCUUUCAGUUGAGCUAGGGCGUUAUUGUACAUUGCGACAUCUUUCCAAAAGAAUAAUAAAUCAUCAACAUAAAACAAACAGUACAGUUUCUUUUGCCCCUCCUCUUUGACAAAUACACAUGGAUCAGCUUUCCCUUGCUGAAAACCUAGAGAAAACAAUACUUCAGUGAGUUUUGUGUGCCAACACCGUGCACUUUGUUUGAGACCAUAAAGGGAUUUCUUCAGAGCACAAACAAAUCCCUGUUUUACCUGUACGCCAUCAGGUGGAAGCAUAUAAAGUGAUUCAUCUAGAGAUCCGUACAGAAAAGCUGUAUUAAUAUCAUGGUGACUAAUGUGUAGAUUUUCCUCUGCAGCUAGCUUGAGCAUAAGCCUAAUGCUUUCAUAUCUCACUGUGGGUGAAUAGGUCUCGUGAUAGUCUUCACCUGGUACCUGUGCAAAACCUCUGGCUACCAAUCUGGCUUUGUGUCUGACUAUCUUGCCAUUUUGAUCUGUCUUCGCUUUGAAGACCCAUUUGCUUCCAAGCAGUUUCAUUCCUGGAACUACUGGAACUAGCUCCCAUGUUUUGUUCCUUUCUAAGGAAUCAAGCUCAGCCUUCAUGGCAUUUAACCAUGGCUCAGCUUCCUUUGAAUCCAAACCCUGGAUUUCUUGGAAACUUGAAGGUUCAAAUACCUUCUUGGAGCUUUUAACAGCUGUUACUGCUAUCUUAGCAAACUCAUCAGCAAAUCUCUUUGGAGGUUUGCCUUUUGUGGCUCUCUGUGACCUACGAAUUAGCCUUAAGUCUUCAACACUCUCCUCUUCCUUCUUAGGAGAAAAACGACCUAUUGUGAACAAUGGUUCCUCCAAUUCUUGAUCAGAGCUUUCAGAGGGUCGCAUAGAGGCUUUCGCACUCUUGAAAUCCUCUGAAUCACCCGAUUCAGUUUCAGAUUCAGACUCAGAACCUUCAUCAGUGGGUGUGGGCUGUUGUGGUUGCUUUUGACUAUCCUCAGUCUCAUCACCGUCAUCAGGAUAACAUUGGAAAAUUCCCACAUUCUCCCCCACUUUGCAUUGUACUCAACACUUCUCGUGAGCUUAAUUGUCUUAGAGUCAGUCAUCAUUAUUCUGUAAGACCCUUUCUGAUAACCUAGAAAGAUACCAUGCAAUCCACGCUUGUCUAACUUGGAGUUUUGUGGUGAGCGAACCCACAUGUCAGAACCAAAAUCUUCAUGUGUUUGAUGUAUGGCUUCUUGCCAAACAUCUUCUCAUAGGGGGUACAACCAAUCGCUGAAGAUAACCUGCGAUUGUAACUGUAAACAAAACACGAGAGAGAUUCGGCCCAAUAACUCUCUGGAAGAUUGGCAUCAUGCAGCAAGGUUUUUAAUCCUUGAAGCAAUGUCUGAUUUGCCCGUUCCGCAAGUCCAUUCUGCCAUGGCGAGCGAGGACUAGACAAAUCGUGUUGAAUUCCUUUCUCAGUCAGAAAAGCUUCAAACUGCUGAGAAGUGAAUUUCCCCGCGAUCACUGAAAAGAGUCUUUAUCUUCUUACCAUGCACAUUUUCCAACCAAGCACAGAAUUCCUUGAACCUAGGAAAAGCCUCCGAUUUCUGCUUGAGAUUGUACACAAAAAUAUAUCUAGAAAAUGCAUCAAUGAGAACCAUGAAGUAUCUAUUUCCACCCAAAGAGGGUGCUAGUGGUCCAACCAAAUCAGCAUGAACAACCUGGUAUGGUUCUGUAGCUUUCCUACUAGACACCUUACCUUUCGCAGCCAUUUUCACCUUGUUUGCUGCGCAUGCUUUGCACUUCAUGUGGUACCUGCAGGGUUUAAUAGUCAUACCUUCAACCAAGGCAGGCAUUUUAGAUACUGCCUCAAAAUGCAAAUGACCAAAUUUUCGAUGAAAAUCGUGAAUACAUUCUGCAUGCAAACUUUUGUUAGAACCUGCAAUGCAACAAGUGUCAUCCUGCACCACAUCAUCAUAAUACAAAACAAACAAAUGAUCAACAUAUUCUGCAUGCAAUACAUAAUCAUUUUUCUUUGUGAUGAUGCACUUCUUGUUCUUGAAGGAAACGUCAAUGUUCCGCUCAUUCAGCUGUCCAACGCUGAGCAGAUUAUGUUUGGCGUCUGGCACGUAAAGCACAUUCUGUAUCGAUAAGUCCAAACUGUGAAGAACAACAGUUCCGUAGCCUUUACUGGGAAUAGUGUGGUCAUCCGCCUGGUGAAUCGCACCUUCCUGCGGUGUAAAAGACACAAACAGUUUCUUAUCGUUGCACAUGUGGUGGGUGGCCGCUGAAUCAACAACGAAGAAAGAUCUAGACGUCUUCUGGACCUCUGCAACCUUUGGAGUGAAGCGUGAAACCAUAGCCUUGUGCUGCGUUGUCCUAGACACCGGACCUUUGCCUUUGCCUCGGCCUUUUCCGCGCGAUGAGCUUUCGCUGCGCUGCUCUGUCUUGGCCCUGGGAUGUCUGCAUUCCCUCUUCAUAUGGCCUAGACGUCCACACGAGUAGCAUUUCACUGCCUUCAAAGCUUUGGCGCCAUCUGGUGGUUCCACUGCACUAUGGGAUGACGUCUGUGAAGACUCCCCUUGCCCAUGCAGCUAGCACCCCGGCGAUCUGCUUCAUUUAAAAUCACGGCAGUAACAAAGUCCACUGUCAGCUGAGCAGUUGGUUGCACAGCAAUCUGGGUUGCAACAGACUCCCAACCUGAACCCAAAGAUUGUAGUAUCAUGAAAGAAUACACAGCCUCUGGAAAGUUGAGUCCUCUCUGUUGCAGCUCAUGUCUCAGAUUUUGCAUCUCCAUUAGAUGUAAACGCACAUCUCCACCUUCAGCAAGAGCCAUAUUAUGCAGCUUGUUAAAGUAAAACAUAGUGGAUCCAGCUUCUGUCCUUAAGUGAGCCUCUCUCAGAGCGUCCCAAAUUUCUCUGGCUGAGGUCUUAUCACGCAAUAGACAGAGCUCUUCUGGGGAUACUAUCAAUGUAAGAGUUCCCCUUGCUUUGGAAUCCUUAGCUUCCCAUGCAUCUGUAACUGGAACUGGGGGUUCCUGUAAUCACCUCAAACAAACCCUCUUUCCGCAGAAUUGCCUCUGCAUACUGAACCCAGUCGCUGUAAUUUUUCUUGUUGAGCUUAGGAAUCCCACAAGCAUCCUGAAGGGCCAUCAUGACUCUGGCAUUAGCCUUCAGCGUCAUAUGCUGCUUUAAAUCUUGCUGCGUCACUGCUGCAGCUGCUUUAUUACAAAGGCACACUUAAAAGUUACUUUCGAUUUCCCCAGCAUAGUGACUUGUGCCUGGGAGCCUUUUGCCUAUUCCCGGCAAAACCGGCUUUAAAAGUUCAAAGUCCAGCCAUAAAGCCAUUAACUUGAAGCUGGCAGGCUGCCCGGAGCAGUAGCACAUACCUCAUCAAUCACUUCUACGCGCAGAGCAGAUUCCUUUCCGAUCCGUCCCUCUGCAUUCCGAUCCUUUGCCGGCACUCCGAUUCGACCUCUGGAGCCCAUAACCACGUGUUGAUUUAAAGCAGAGUCUCUGGUGCCCAGCGGAAGGAUGAGGAAUACGUGUUACAUACUCUAUAUUGCUUUAUUUACAGUUCAAAGCUGGUAUAUUACAGAAAGACAUCUUGCCUCUGCCGGAGCAGAGAAAUGCAUCCUCUCUCCUCAACAGCUCGGAGAGAAUCACACAGUGAAAAACAGGAAACCAGUGUACGUCACAUCCAGUCUCCCUUUCCCGUGAGAAACUCCAACAGUACAGACUGUGGAAUGUAAACACCUGUCUCAUGACAAGCAGAGCUGCACAGUGAAGGAAAGCAGAAACCAACACUUUUAACACUUGCUGGAUCCAGGAGUUAGAAGUCUGGCACCCAACUUAACACCUCUAUUACAAAUGGUUACAGAACAGGAAGCAGAGUAGGAGCAGAGAAUUAUCCCAACAGAAGGGUGUAGAAAGUGGAGUCCCUAAAGGACUGGUACUGGGACCUGUGGCUUUUGACUUGUUUAUAAAUCACCUAGAGUUAGGGGUGAGCAGUAGGGUGCCUGAAUUGUUCAGGAUGGUUAAAUAAAGGGAUUGUCAGGCACUCCAAAAAGAGAUCUUUAAACUGGGUGAAUGAGCAGUAAAAGGCAAAUGCAAUUCAAUGGAAGCAAAGUGGUGUACACUGGGGCAAAAAAAUCCUAAUUUCACAUGUAUGCUAAUGUGGUCUCAACUGAUGGUGACUGUUUAGGAAUGAAACACCGAGGUUGUAGCAAAAAAGUUGAAUUCAGUGUUAGCGAUCAUUAGGAAAGGGAAUGAAAACAAAACUGCCAAUAUCAUAAUACUAUGGCGCAACCACACUUGGAAUACUGUUCUCAGUUCUGUUCAUCUCAAAAAAGGAUUUUGUUGUUGUUUAGUUGUUCAGUCGUGUCCGUCUCUUCGUGACCCCAUGGACCAGAGCACGCCAGGCACUCCUGUCUCCCACUGCCUCCCACAGUUUGGUCAAACUCAUGCUGGUAGCUUCGAGAACACUACCCAACCAUCUCGUGCUCUCUCAUCCCCUUCUCCUUGUGCCCUCCAUCUUUCCCAGCAUCAGGGUCUUUUCCAGGGAGUCUUCUCUUCUCAUGAGGUGGCCAAAGUAUUGGAGCCUCAGCUUCAGGAUCUGUCCUUCCAGUGAGCACUCAGGGCUGAUUUCCUUCAGAAUGGAUAGGUUUGAUCUUCUUGCAGUCCAUGGGACUCUCAAGAGUCUCCUCCAGCACCAUAAUUCAAAAGCAUCAAUUCUUCGGCGAUCACAGUAUAGUAGAUCUGGAAAAGGUUCAGAAAAGGGCUCCCUAAAUGAUCGAGGGAUUAAAGCAACUCCCCAGUGAGGAAAGCUUAAAAAAUUUGGAGCUUUUUUUGGUAACGACGAACAUGAUAAAGAGUUGAUAGAGAACUUCCCUCCCUCUCUUCAGAACUUCAGUGGGUCUACUCUUGAGUAGGAACUGGCUGACCACCAACCAUAGGAAGGCUGGUUACUUGGGACAUUUCCAAACAAGCAGCGCAAACGGAGCCAAAGGCUUCUGCACUGCCGGGUAAAAGUCAGCGCAGCCUCUACACGCCUCCCACGGAACCCGCACUUUCCCACCGCUUCCCUCGUAACGUAGCACCUGGCCUACGUCCUCCUUGCGCGCUUGCUGAUUGGCCGCGACGCCCAUCCUUCAAGGCGAGGGGAGAGAGGCGGCUCCCGGAGAAGAGACUCCACACAACCAGCUCGUGUGCCCUUUCCCUGCCCCCGCCGCGGAUUCUCUCACGGCCCUGCCCGCCCCAGAAGCUCCUCCCCCUUUUGCGUCACUCAUCUCCCCCCCGCCCUCGGGCACCGCCCACUUUGCCUACGAAUUCGAGGUUGGCAGGGGAGGGGAUUUUCUUUUUUUGAGGGGGAGGGGUGGGGGUUGAAGAGAGAACAACAAAAAAAAGCCCUCCUCAUGGCCGGCUGGCUCGUGGGCGCGUCUCCGCCCACUUCGGCGUAGCCCCGCCCCUCCUAGGCCGCCGGCCGGCGCAGCUAACUGCGGCCGUUGCCUGCGAGGCGGGGCGACGGGAGCGAGGCGGGAGGCCGCCUCCGCUUGCCGCCGCCGCCGCCACAGGGGAGACUUCCGCCGCUGGUCUCUCACCUCCCGGCAGUCUUUCGCCCUCUCUCUCUCCCCCCCAUCUUUCCCUCAGGAGAGGCGACGGCUCCGUGGCGCCUGUUGUCGACCCCGCGAAAGCGCCGUCCGCCCUCUUUAUUUCCCUGCGCCGGCCAGGAGCCGCGGAGACUCCUCCCCUUCCCUCUUUUCUCUCUCUCUCUCUGCCUUUCUCGCCUCCCUUCGCCCGCUCGCCGCCUCAGCAGCAGCGCCAGCAGCAGCGCCACCUUCCUUCCUCCGCCUCCUCCUUCUCUUCCCUCCCGGUUCCUGCUGCCCCCGCGAGGCACCUGCGCCCCUCCCCCUCCUCCUCAGCCGCCGCCGCCGCCACAGCGAGAGAGAAGGACAAGGCCGGAGUCGGCCGCGACCUCUCCCCGCGCGCGAGACCUCCCUCCCUCAAGGUACGGGCUGCCUCACGAGAGCCAGGCGCGCGCGGGUGUGUGUGAUGGGGCCGGGUUGGCGGCGCGGGGUUCCUGUGGAGGUUGGGGGGGGGGUUCCUCCUUGAACGGUACACAAUGGGAGGUGGAGAAGGUGGUGGUAGAAAUAUGGCCGUGGUGGGAUUGGGGCCCUGCCUCGCCUGUGGAUUGCGAGGCAUGUUGCUUUUGUGAGGAGAAGGGUGGAGUGUUUUGUGUGUGUGUGUGUGUUUUUAUUGGGGAAGGGAAGGGGGAAUCUCGUACCUUGCGGGUGGCUGGGACUCCCGGAGCCUGUUUUGUGUUUCCACAAGGGAGGUUCGCUCCGAAACCCGCGUCCCAACUGGAGCUUAUAAGGGUGGGGACAACGAGCGCUAUCUAUAUACGUGGGUUUCAUCGCCGUGAGUCAGUCUGUUGUUGUGCUGUGUAUGGGAGUGUGGUGUGAUUUCCAUCCCCCCCCCCAUCAGUGUGCGUAUUUUGUGUGUGUGUGUGCAUGCAUGUGGGGGUGGAAUUGUGUGUAUGUGCAUAAUACAUGAGGGUAGCAGUGGUACGUACACACACACACACACACACACAGGCACACAGGCUGGCGCAUCUGCCCGUCGCCUUGCGGAGGAGUGUUAAUGGGGGUGGGAGGCAGGGGCGACGAGGGCGAAGGCUAGCGGGGUUGCCUGCUCCUCCAACCAGAAAGCAGAAGGGAAUUAGCAACCUAAUCUCUUCCCUAGGAGGGACCAGCCCUUAACAGACGGGAUUUAUUACCAUGAUGCCGCAUGUGUGCGGUUUGUGUUGCUGUGUGGUGGUGGUUGUUGCCUUUCCUUUCCCCACCUCCCCAGUAUACAAAGGUAGGAUGGUCCAUUUGGAUGGCCGAGCCUUGUACUUGAAUGCAAUGCCCAUUUCCUGUAAGGGCCAUAUUUACUCUUUCUCGACUGCUGGGCAUUUUCCGUAGCUGCAAAUAAUUGAUUGCAGCCUUGUAAACAAUACUUAAGAGGUCUCUUUUCUGUAGGCCUGCUCCUAUGCCUCUGCUUCGAAGAUUGGUUAAUUAAGCUACUGUGCUGGCUACUGGAUAGCCAGUAAGAGCGAAUGGCAAGCACUAUAGGGUACUUAAGGUGAAUAUUUUAUUUUUCCCUCAAAAGUUUAUACGCUUUAAAUGCAGCAUGUGUUCAGCUGAAGGCCUGUCCUAUUAAAAAUUUCUACCUGUCAUUUUUGCAUGUCAUAUACCUCAGUGCAUAAAAACUUCCUUUGUGUGAAAUGUCAAGCUGGCUUAAAGACUACUUCUUUGCCUUUUGAAAAAGCCUCAGUCCUCAGUAAUUUACUUGCUGUGGGUGGGAUCUCAAGAAAUACCAGAAAAAUAAGAAAUCAAAAUAAUACUUUAUCAAACAAUUAUACAUAUCAUUUGUACAUAUCAUUUUUUUGCUCUUAAAGUUAUGGAGCUGCCUUGCAUAUUUUCUGAAACUGAGGCUUUAAAAAAAUUGAGGGUAUUCUGGUGAAAGUGUAGCAUGAAGUAAUCUUGAAAAGUAAUGGUUCAGUCAACUUCUACAGAACAGAUACUACCACUAGAGUCUUGGAAUAAUGAAACUUUGGCCUGUGGUUCUCACAUAAAACCAAACUAUAGUUUAUUAAACCAUGGUUUAUUAAACUAUAGUGUGGCCAUUAUGUGUUAUGGUUAAUUAUGGUUUGUUUGCUGCCAACAAACCUCAGUCAGAAUCUAUGGUUGGCUUGUGAACUUUGGUUUGAUUUAACUAUGGCUGAACCCAUCUCUUUCUAACUUUGGCUUGUUUCAUCACCUCACCUCAAAUGCUCACCAAACUACAAAGGCAUGAAGCAAGAGCAACUGGAAAACAAUCUGAACUUUGUAGAAACUAGACAGUUGGACAGUACAGUCUUGGUGAAGCUUUCCCCAGAAUUAUAUUUCCAUACAAGAAGAGGCUUGACCAUGCAACAAUUACAUAAGAAACUAGUAGUAUUUUAAGAAAACAACUUCUAGGGACUACCUGAUCUCAGAUGAAUCCACCCAUGGGAAAGAUUCAUCCUGGUUGCUAGGGGAAAAGGAAGGGUAAACUAUGGUGAUUCUGAGGACUAGGAAAUAAGACAGAAACCUCUAAAGUGCACCCAAUGGGAAGUGAAAACAGCAUCUCUUUAGGACCCCCCAUCAGCAAUUCUUGUUGCCUUGGAGUCAAAUAACUUGCUUAUCAUCACAACUCUGACUUCUCAUUGGCUAAAAACAUUGUCAGGUAGGCUCAUCUCACAGUAAUUGCUUAGAAGAAUACUUGCUGCAUAACAUAAUUUUUCUACAAAAGGGUUCAAGCAAAACUUUGCUGUUGCCUGUCAUUCAGUGUGUGUAAGUGAAAUGUCAUAGUCAGGUUUUUUUGUCCAGCUCUCAUCAGUAGUGAUUAUCUCUUUGUCUCACCCACCCCCAAGUUAUGAUGUAGUUAUAGAAUUCUGUGCACGACAUUAACCUUGCAGUAAGUACGAUUGAACUCAUUACGACUUCUCAGUAGACAUGCAUAAGAUUGUUAGCUUAUUAACAUUUCCAGAAACUACCUCUGCAUACUGCUGACUUUUGGUAGGCAUGCUAAUCUUAUUUGUAUGGAGAAAUGAGUGAGAGCUUCAGAUCUACAGAGAUCUCAUUCGACACAUGCAGACAUAUACAUCAUAAAAACUCACUUGAACCAUUGUAUUGUAUGCUAUUGUAAAUAUGGACUCUGCAGAGUGCCAGAAAUGCUAAGUGCCAAUGCAUAUUAUUAAAUACUUUAUAUUUUCUCUGCAUGCAUUUAUAUCAACAUAUUGCUAUAAUGAUAGUUCUGAAUCACAAUUUUCUAUAAGAGUUAACUUGUGAUUUACUUAUUUUUAGAAAAGCUUUUCUGUUACUAUUCUAAAUGUUUUAAUACAGUGGUGCCUCGCAAGACGAAAUUCAUUCGUUCUGCGAGUUUUUUCGUCUUGCGAAUUUUUCGUCUUGCGAAGCACGGUUUCCCAUAGGAAUGCAUUGAAAAUCCAAAAGGAAACAAACUUGCAAGACGUAUUCGUCUUGCGAAGCAACUAAAAAAAUGAAAAACUCUUUCGUCUUGCGAGUUUUUCGUCUUGCGAGGUACCACUGUAUUUGCCCAUUGUUUGAUCGCUGCAUAGGCAGACCAAUGGUGGACAGAGUGCUGGGAUUAAAUGUGGCAAAUUAACUGAAAUCACUUGACAACUUUGAGCCUAAACCAAAUCAGAACGCUGUUGUAAGGCAGAAUUGCCACUGCGCUCCUUAUGUAAAAGGACAAUAUUUACAUUCCCUAAAUGUACGGAAUACACCACAUACACCAUGAUACAGUUGAAAAAGUAGGCUACUUACCAUUACAAAGGCAUGCCUGGCCUAAUGGAAUGUUCAAUGAUUGAUAAGUGUUUCACCCAGAAGAGUGUGUCACACUGGCUUGCUUAAAGUGGCAUGACGCUAAGUGAUGGCAGAAGGCCCAUGUCUUCCAAAUAUAUGAUCUGUUCCCUAACUACAUUUAAAGUGUGUGUAAUGGAAUGUAAUGCAAUGUUAGGGCAUGUGUGCUGCUGAACCAUUCUGCCACAUACAACUCUCUAUCUCUAUAGCUUGCAACAUACCACUCUCAGGUUUAGAGUUUUCCUUCCCACUGGAACUCCAGUGCUGGAUAAAUUCAAGGGGAAAGGUUCUGAAAUAGGGAAAGGUGCAAGUGUGUUUGCGUGUGUUUGUGUUUUCAGUACCUCUGUCUGUAGGUGGUGUCAGGCUAGUGGUUCCCAAACCUUUCCCCCAUAGGCCAUUUGAAACUUGCUGAGGGUCUUGGUGGACCACUUAAUGAUUUCUGGCUGUUGUAGCAAUUGCAAUGCACUGUGCUAGAUGCUGUAUGAUUUCUGAUUUUAUUUUUAUUGCUUUUAUUAGUUAUACAUUGUACAGAUAACCCACAACUUAUAUGCAUUUAACUUGUGCAAUUUCAACUUUACACGGUUGAAGACCAACUGGUUGAAAUCACACAAAUUAAAUGCAUGGAAGGCGGAGUGCUUAAAAUGCUCUUUUUGUGCAGGGUUUUCCUGGAGUGGAAAGAUCUUUUAAGGUCUCAUACUUGCUUACUGGGCUCUGUGAGACCCUGUGAGAUAUUUCAGAGCUUGGUGAGCAAAGCAGGGAGCUUAAAAGUGCUCUGUGAUGCUUGGGGUGGGGUAAGACUUGCUGGGUGUGCUGGCUGUGGAAGGUAAGAUGCUUGUGUGUGAGCAGUUCCAAGGAGUUCUUUUUGACUAUAUACGAUUUUGGCACCCCAGAACCUAACCUCUGUGAAAGUUGUGAGUUACCUGUAUUGUAUUUCAUAGAAUCAAAAUUGUAAUAUAAUAAAAAACAAUAUAAGCAAUUAAAGUACAUUUAAAAUCAAUGUGAGUACAGUGGUACCUUGGUUUAUGAACGUAAUCCAUUCCCGAUGUCCAUUCUUAAACUGAGCCGCGCUUUCCCUAAUGAGGUCUCCCGCCGCUGCUGCCCUUCCACCGUUCGGAUUCCGUUCUUAGACCGAGCUAAAGUUCUCAAACUGGGACACUAUUUCCGGUUUUGUGGAGUUUGUAAACCGAAUCUUUCUUAAACUGGACUGUUCUUAAACCGAGGUACCACUGUAUUGAAUGUACUGUAUGUACUAGUCUUCAAACACAAAUCUACAGGCACACCACAGACCACCUGAAUGAAGCUUAAUAGUUCUGAAUUACCAUUUUCUGUGAACCUGGAUAGCAGUCAUGACUAGAAGUGGUUGAUAGGAUUAUCCCUCAUGAAUUCUAUGACUACCUUUUACAGCAAUUUACUAAUGGCUAACACCAUGUACUGUGGCAGUGAAUUGCAUAAAUUAUGCGCUGUGUGACGAUAUACUUCAUUUUGUCUGUUCACAUUCUCUGUUUAGUCAGUUUCAUUGUAUGGCCCCUGAGCUCUAGUAUUAUGAGGGAGAAACAUCCUUUUUAUCCACUUUCUCCAUACAUGAUUUUAUGAAUUUCUCUCAUAACCAUCCCAUUUUCAUUUCCCCCAUGUAGCCUUAGAGGGCUAUUGAUUCAGCCCUCAGAUACUUUUGGUUGGCUUUUUCUAUACUUUUUCUACUUCUACAGUAUAUUUUCUGAGACGUUGUGACCCAAACUGUACAUUAUGUUCCAAGGACUGCAUGGCCACACUAUAACUUUGUAUAAAGGGUUUUUGUUAUUAGCAGUUUUGUUUUUAAUCACUUCCUAAUAGCUUACAUAGAGUUUGCAUUUUUCACAGUUGCCACACACGCACACAUACAAACAGAGGCAACAUUGUCAUUGAGCUAUCUAUCAUAACCCAAAGAGCUCUUCUAUGAUAAACUACUGCAAAUUCAGACCCUAUAUGUGAAGUUAGGAUCUCUGCCAUCUGUAUCACUUUGCUCUUUCUUUGAACUGCAUUUAACUUGUUUUGGUUCUGUUCAUUUCAUAUAGUUCAGAGAGAUCCUUUUCUGAGCUCUUCUUAGUUAGCCAGAUUUGUGGGUGAUACUACGUUAUUUGGGGAAACAAAAGCUAAAUCACUACUCAUUUGUAAUCCAGUUUGUUUAUGAACAUAUUUAAAAGCACUAUUCCUAAUACAGGUCAUUGAGUCACUCCACUGAUUGCAUCCUUUCACUGUGAAUACUGUACAUUUAUUACUACUCUUUGGUUUCUGUUCUUCAGCCAAUUCCUAGUCCAUACUGGUGAAUUUAGUCAGGAGCCAUUGGUGAAAAACCUGGUCAGAAGCUUUCUAAAAAUUUAAGUAUGCAGUGUAUACUGGAUCAUACUUAUCAACAAGCUUUUGGACCCUCUCCAAAGAACCAUAACAUAUUAGAGAGACAGUACUUAGUAGAAACCAUGGUGAUUGUUUUUCAACAGAACUUGUUCGUUUAUAUGCUUGAUCAUUUUAAAUGUUUUCCAUCAGUUUAUCUGAAACUGGUGCUAAUCUGACUAGCCUGUAAUUUCCUGGCUCUCUCUUUAAAUAUUAUAGUUGUAUUGACUCCCUUUUAGACCUCUGAAAUGGAAGCCGAUUUUUAGUGACAGUGGGUGGAAUUCACUUGUGCCCUUCACUUUGCAGAAGAGCUUUUGAUUCAUUGGAGACCUCUGGUAACAGGGUGGGGCUGAGUCAAUUUUUGUCAAUUCCUUCUUCCUCCUAGAGUCCCCUCCAUCCCCUUGGGGCACCCUUUCAUAACAACGAAGAAUAUGUUGCAGAAGGUUUCAUGAGAAAGUGGGAAUUGGCAAAAUUUGCCUCCCCUUUUCCAUUAGUAGGGGCCUCUGAUAGUUCCAAGAGCCUUCCACUCAUAGAAGGGCACAGGUGAAAAUACGCAUUUCCAAAUGCAACUAGGCAAGUGGCUAAAUGUACUAUGUAUUUGUUCAUAAUACUCAAUUUUUGUGGAGACAUUGGCAAAUAGAAGCAAGUCAAGGUACCGUAUUUUUCGCCCUAUAGGACGCACCGGCCCAUAGGACGCACCUAAUUUUUUUGGGGGGGGGGGAAAUAAAGGGGAAAAAAAUAUUUCCCCCCCAGGCGCGGGGCUGGGACAGGGGAAACCUGAGCUUCCCCCGACCCCAGCCCCCAGAACAUGCAGCUCUCCGCAAGCUAAGCCUGAAGCUAAGCCUGGGCACGUUGCACCUCCCCGCUGUCCCCGAGCUUGCGGGGCUGGCGGCAGGGAGAAGCGGGCUUUUUCCGCCGCCAGCCUCCAAAGGACAUCGGGAGACAGCGGGAUGGCGCGCUGCGCCUCCCCGCUGUCCCCCGAGCUUGCGGGGCUGGUGGUGGGGCUUCAGCGAAAGCCUGCAUUCGCCCCAUAGGACGCACACACAUUUCCCCUUCAUUUUUGGAGGGGGAAAAGUGCGUCCUAUAGGGCGAAAAAUGCGGUAUAUAGGGAGUCCAAAGUAUGACUGUUUAAUAAUCCAUACUUCCUGUGGAAAAUAUAUUUAUUGUUUGUGUGUUUUUCAGUAUAUGGCCACAUGGAUUUGAGUAGUCACAGCAUCAAAAUUGCUUUGGAUUGAUUGCUUAUGUUAAAUUCAUUCUUUUUUUCAGAAUUCAUCUAUGAAUAAAACAAUGUGUGAAUUGUGAUGGGGGGAAAUGUAUCAAUAUUGGAACAUUAUAUUGGGUAAGUGUGACUUGUAAAUUCUGUCUCUUUAUAAGAAAUUAUGGUCAGGUGUAAAAAUUAGUGAUUGCUUUAAAUCAGCUGUGUGCAGGCCUUAAGUGUGAUCCACUGUGGGUGACCAAGCUGCCCCCCAAACUGAAUUUUAAGGGGGAGUGUGCCAAAGAGAAGACACUUGGGAAUUUCACUUGUCUUCCUCCCCAUCGCAAUCUAGCUCCAGAUACACCCACUGGCAUGAUGCCUCCAGCUGCCUUUAGGAGCAAAAAAGUUUACCUCCCUUUUUAUAGAUCUGUUCUUAUUUUCUUUGUAUAUUUUUACUUUCCUCUUUUUAAAUUUCUUUUAAAAUUUAUUCCAUUUCUCCACCACAUUUUCCCUUUUUCUUGUUAAAUUUGGAAGAUCUGAAUCAUGUCUAGCCCAUCCUUUCUCAGCCUUGGGUCUCCAUGUUGUUGGACUACAGCUUCCAUCAUCCCUCACAACUGUUCCUGCAAGGGUGAUUGGAGCUGUUGUCCAACAUUAUUUGGGGAUCCAAGGUUGAGAAAGUCUGGUCUAGGGUCUGGAGAAUAUGUAUUAGGAGUUUAGGGGAGGGGAAUUAAAAUGAGCAGCCAACAGAUGGGCUGCUUUCAUUGUAAAAAUUGUAUGCAGAGAAACAGCCAAGCAAAGUGAAUUGUUUGGAAAGAAGAGACACAUUGUGUAAUAGUUUCAGUAUGAUAGUAAGAAAAAUCACUAGCUUUUGGAUCUAUGUAAUUUUAUGUUGGUUCUCAUAACUUUCAGGAAGUGGUGUGCUGGAAAGGUGGAACUUUAACAAGCAAUGCUUUGAAAUGAUGAAAAGUUCAGAGACAAAUUUACUAUGGAAAAAGCUGCAUGAUACUAUAGUAAUACUAGGAGAAAUCCUAGGUGCCUUUAAAAAAAAUCUGGUGUUGCCUAGAAAUUUGAAAUCUAGUUCCAACUCUAAACUGUUCUUUUUUACUUAUAUUGGCAAUGAAAUUAAAGUAAUGAUAAGCAUCUGAAAAUAGCAUCAGAGCAUCAUAGUACUUCUAUGGUGGUGAUGUUUUUCUUCCUCUUUUUCAUAUUUAUUCUUUUUAAACAAGUGUUGAUGUCAGUUGUUGAUGAGAAAUAGGUUAUUUAACAUUUAAAACUUGGAAACUCAUUUCCUUUCUUUUGGAAUUAUUGGUCUCUGCUCGUUACAUUUUGAUGACUCAUUACUUCACAUAUCAGAAUUCACUUUCCUUUCAUCAAAUGCCUGCUGCUUAGUUAUUCAGCUUGUGGGUUUCAUUCCAGUGGGAUAUGGCACUUUAUAAACAGCACACUUUCCAGUGACAACAGGAUAGAAUUAGGGCUGUGAAAAAAAAUGUAAGUUGUGCUCUACGUUGUUAGGCAUUAAGGAUUUAUCCAGCUUGCUGUCAAGAUACUUCUCUAAAUUCACCUCCCUUUCUCCAGAGGGAUUUGGGACACUGAGUUUGGCCUGGAGAUUGAUUUAAAGAGGUGACAAAGAGUAUUGUUCAGGGGCUGGAGGUUCCUCAUUCCCAUUCUGGAGGACUCAUCUAGAAGAUAGAUGUUCUGUAAUUAGUAUUUUGUUUUGUCUUGAUUUAAAUUGUUGCUGGCACCUGCCUGUCUUGACAGUGGAGUGCGCCCAGUGGGUGAGGGAGUCAAAUCAUUAUGUUAGCAGCAUCAAAGUGACCUUUCCAGAGCUCAAACCUGGGGAGUGUGUAUGGAGGUCCUGGGCAGUCCAGCAGCCUUGCUGAUGUGGUCCAAAGCAGAGCAAUCCGUUUGGCACCAGCUUGGUUGCAGAAGUUGCUGGAAGGAGAAGUAUAAAGCACCAGCCAACCUUAAGGGCUCCAUUCUGGAUAUGUGUAGGGUCUAUCCUGCAAGGCAGCAGAGGUUUAGGAUCAGUUUUCCUUCUCCUAGAUGGGCUCCCUUCCCAGGUCGAAGAGCCCCAUCUGCCCCUCACUUCCCUCUAUAGCACAUGCAGAAACUGCCUUCUUGACUGUUGGACCCACUAUUGGUCUCAUCCUCUCAGCAUUUCUUUGCAUGUAGGGGAAUUAGUGUUUUAAAGUUAGUGUUUUAAAUAUUCAACUUUUUGGCAGUUUUUGACCCAAAAAGUCACUUGAUCCAAGAGUGUUUUUGUAAUAAUUUUCUUUCACACUUGGUACUGCAGAAUUUAUGUAUGUCCAACAGAUUUUGUAAUGUGAACAUAAAGAAUCCUUCUAAAAUUAUAUUUUACAGCAUCUCAGACACCUUUUAGGAAAGGGAAAAAAAAUAGUCCACAAUAGAAAGCUUUGCAUGAAGUGGGAUAGAGGAGGGCAUUGAAAUAAUAUAUUACAGUGGUACCUCUGGUUGCGGAUGGGAUCCGUUUCGGAGCUCCAGUCUGAUCCUGAGGUUUCUGCAACUGGAGGGACCACUUCUGCGCAUGUGCGUGCGGCGGUAGAGCACUUAUCCACAUGUGUGCGUGGUGAAACCCGGAAAAAAAUACUUCUGGGUUUGCUGCGCUCGCAACCUGAAGGAUACGCAACUGAAGGUGUGCGUAUCCAGAGGUACCACUGUACUUUGUUGCAUGCUAUUGAUGCUGUUAUUUAAAGCCUAUUCUUGCUAGUUCUUGAAAAUGUAUUAUUGCAACUUAAAGUGAAAUAAUAGUUCACCUUAGGCAUUUUUAUAUAAUGACUCCAUCAGUCUGAUGGCUCAAUCAUUAAACAAUUUUAGCAGAUUUUUGCAACUUAGUCUUGGGGAGAUUUAGCUUCUCUUGGGAUGUGCUAUGGUGUGUGGUAUGUCUACUUAUUUAAUGUGUUAUUUUGAUGUGCACUAAUGUUGGAGCUCAGCACAUUUCUAGAGAUCAGUUUGAAUUUCGUGACUUGGGUGGUUUAGACUUUACAAAGAUUUAUUAAUUGGUUGUUCGCACCCGUAUAUUUUUGUUUAUAGAUACUGUGUUGUAACAUGUAGGUGAUACAUUUAACAACAUGUACACAACUCUGAUAUUUUGUGAGUUUAUUGUUGAACCAAUAAACAGUAAACUUAUAAUCAUAUGCUGUAUGUAAUUUAUAUAUUUACCUGUAUACCUUUGUCCUUACAUGCUUGAUUAAUAAACGUUGUUGUUGUUGUUACAGAAGCACUUUAAAAACCAGUAAAUGGUGCUGAUAGAAGAUCUACUGAGAUUAUAUUUUCCUGUAACAACUACGAAGGAAAAAUACUUUGCGAAUGGGAUGAAUACACAAGCAGUGACUGCCAGCAGCAGCUUGCUGACUCACAGUAACUAGCUGGAGCACUUAACUAGUGAUGUGUCCAUUUCUACUUUACCCCAUUUGAGCUUGCCUGUCUUGAAAGGGGAAAGAAGUUCAAAGUGGAGUACCGUAAACUUGAUAUGGAUAGCAAAAAGAAAGACAAGGACAAACUGGAUGAUAGAAUGGCAAGGCCUAGUGGACGAUCAAGUCACAAUCCACGAGGCAGCAGCUCUUCAAACUCUGGAGUGUUAAUGGUUGGACCUAACUUUAGAGUUGGAAAAAAAAUUGGAUGUGGCAAUUUUGGAGAGCUACGAUUAGGUAAGAUUCUGCUCAUUUAAUUUUAGAUGCACAUGCCUUUGAAACAUUCAAAUCUGUGUUGUAUGUUAACUUUGUUUCAUUUCAAAAUAAUGAGGUCUGUUUAUUUAGACUAUAAUACAAAAUUAUGACUGCUGGUAGUUACUAUAGAUUUGUCAGCAUAGUGUAAAGGCAGUACAUUUCUGAUAUCUUGGGAAUGUAAUUUUUGGACCCUUGAAUGAAUCCAUGCCAUAUGCUGUGGUAGGAAUAUUCAUUUGAGUACAUAGAUUGCAGGUUGGCUCUUUGGGUACAAUAGAUUAUCGAAUAUUGAACUUUGGAUCAUUGGAUCUUCCGUCAUCGUUGGUCUUGAUUUGUGUUGAAUUCCAGGAGUGGAAGUGGCAUUCUAUCUUUUUUUUACACGUAGGCCCUUAUUUUCAUUGCUAUGCAUUUUAUUUAAAGAAUGGGUAGGUUUGGACUUAACAGUAUUGGAUUAAUAAACCAUUCAUUCAUUCAUUCAUUCAUUCAUUAUUUUAAAUAAUAAGUUUUUUAAGCCUUGAGUGAGCAUUGACGCAGUAUGCUUCCCACUGCUUUCCUGGCCUGACCCUAGUAUUUCUAUUAUGGUUUCUUUAAAUCACUUUCCCCAUUAUGUUUGAAAAGGGGAACUGUAGCUCUGAGGUUUCCAAUCUGUGGGCUGCGGACCCCUAGUGGGCCAUGGAAUUAAUCACAAGUGCUCUGCAAAAGCCUGUGAAGACUGGGCAUAAACUGAGCAUCAGGCUCUCAUCCAAAAAUGGGGAGGAGAGAGAGGGUAGCUGUACUGGCACCUGCCCUGCUGCUGCAGCCAUGGCAACUUUUAACACGUAGAGUCCUGGGUCCCUUGCAGUGGUGGCUGUGCAGGGCUGGGUAAGGGACUGGGCAUUGUUCACACCUCUCUGUUUGUUUAUUUACUCCUUCCUUCUCCCCUCCCUUCUCAUUCUGUCUCUCCUAUUUCUUCCCUCCCAUUAUCUUUCUACCCCUCCUUGCCACCAUUGCAGCCACAGUGUCCCCCUCCCGCCAGCAUUCUUCAUUGAAACAGACUGCCCCGGAGCCUUCCCAGCAGGCCCCUCUGGAGUGUGAGAGUGCAUAACAGAAAAGCAUCACAUGAGGUGGUUCAUGGACACCUAUGUGAACCUUACUUCCAAGAAUUUUGCCCGAGUGUGCUGGCUUACCACACAUUGGAACCACUUUUGUCUUUAAGACCAGUGACAAGAUGGUCUUGAACUUGCUUGCCCUGACCCAACUUUUGGAACUCAGCACUGGAAAGUCUCCCUGCAGGUGCCACCAUGUGCUAGCCUCCAUCUUCCACUGGUGAAAAUUCCUCCCAUUUUGCAGGUGGUUUUGAGACACUCUCGCCUCCAUGAUUCAGGUAGGGCUGUGUCUCAGAAUCUCCUGCUGAAGAGGGUAUUUUAACCAUUUUAGCAAUGUCUGCUGAAAGAAGGAAAGAAACUCCUUUUAAUAGUUCCCUGCACAUGACAUCACUGCCCCCCCCCCCGCAGUGGUGCAACCUGUGUCCUUUUGGGAGGCCCUAUGCCCAAGCUCCUUGGGGCAGUCCACCAUGUGGGCCUUUGUGCCUGCCAGGCUGACAUCACACCCCUACACGUAAUGCAUAUGGCAGUGUUCACCCACUUCCUGCUUUACCCUGCUGCUACGGAGAGGUACGGUUCAGUGUCCAUGAUGUGGCACUCUCCAAGAUGGUGGACCUGUGGGGCAAGGCCAGAACAAUUAGCAUACAGGUCCUCGUACUUAUAAGGUUGGGACCUAGAUUACUUUCCUUGGGACACCCUUCAAUUCUAGUUAGUAAAGUGACAUUAUUACAGUUCCCUGUUUCUCACAUAAUGGAGAAACUGUUUUAAAGAAAUUGCAGAAGCAGCACAGGAGAAGAAGGGGCAUGUAAUCCAGUGCCCUUAAUUAACUUGUGGGUUAUUACGUCAGUAUUGUUAUGUCUGGACUAGUCAAAUAACAUGGUGCUAAAUAUAUGUUAAUUGCUAUAUUUCUAAGUUACUAACUCAAAAUUUUAGAAGCAGAAUAAUCAUCACAUUGGUUGUUCGAGCUUUUAUUAUAAAUAUAAGCACAUACAAUCAACAAAUACAGUCUAUGCAAAAAAGAAGAAGGAAAAAAAAGACCAGCAAGUAUUGUGUACUAAUUUCAUUUAUAUAAGCUGUGAUCAGUUAUCAAACUGGAGGUAUGAGGAGAGAAUACUGAUCAUAUUUGUACCCUUCUGUUUCUUCUCAAUAACUUUGUGAAAGAAGUGAUGCUGAAACAGUCACAGGCCAAAGGCCACUGUGUGGCUUCCAUGCCUCAGUAUGGAUUUUAAAUUUAGGCACAUCAAGUGUUGAGUGUAUAUACUUCACUAUUGCUCUGAAACAUUUUAUUGAAACAAAUUUCAUUUUAACGUCAGGCUAGCAGGCUUAUCCCACUUUUAUUUUUUUUAGAUGGCUACCAAAUUUGUUUCAUGUAUAUCUUUAAAUUUAUCUAUGUCUUAUGAUUGGAAAAAGGAGUACUUUUUAUAAAGUGGUCUUCUGUAAUGAAAUGAAUAAGAGCAAGCCAUACUAUCUAAGCACAUGUGCCAGUUCCAUCUGCAUUGCAAUAGUGCCUAAAAGAACAUCUAUCUCGGAAGCUGUCCUCAUCAUACUCCCAAACUGAUUCUCAUUUCAGCAAAUACAAAAUGCAGGCUUCCCAACAAGUCCAGAAAUUACUAGCAUGCUACUUAUAAAAGGGGCUGACAUCAGAGGGUCACACUUUAUGCAUAAGAAAUAGGCCAGCACAAUACAAAUAAAACUGCAGGUUUAUUUUUCAUGCCAGGUGUAGAGAACAGUGGGGUUCCCUCCUCCACGUCCAGCAUAGAAGUGCAUCCCACAGGAUCAGACGAAUAGCACAUCCCUUGGUUUCUGUACUGGAUUUGGAGAAGGGUACUUUUUAUAUUCCAUGUCACAUGCGAACACAUGCAGGGGGCUACUAGUGAUUGGGAUAGAGCAUUCCAUUUUUCUGUCUGGAAGCCCAUUUGAACUCUACACUUGAUGUAGAGGCAGCAAAGUACUCUCCUCUAGGCCUAGAAUUGAAACAGAAGAGGCUGCUGGAGGGAGGAAAGGACAGAGAGCUUCAUCUCUCCUCCUUUAGACCACAACUCAUUCAUUCACUUGCAUGUUGCCUAUGAUAUGUUUUGUUUUAGUAAAUAAUUUUGUUCCGCAUGUAAGACUUACAGCACAAACCUAUGCAUAUUAAUAUUACUGAGAAGCAAAUUCCACUGUGUUCAGUAGGACUUGCUCCCUAGUAAAUGUGUUUAGAUUUAGAAACUAAAAGCUUUAGUAUAUUUUUUUCUUCAGAGUAUGAUUAAUGAUAAAGCUAAUGAAAGGGCUCUGCUCCAACUCCUUAAGGAGCUCCAGCUCCACAUUUCUCAUAACCUUUGAGGCUAUGAUUGAGCAGCUGCUCAUGAAGCCAGGAAACAGCUGGCUCACCUAUGCUACUUUCUACCAUUUCUUAAAGAAUAAAAUAUUCUUUUCUGGUUCACAAAAUUUCUCCCACUUUAACUGAAAAAUACUUUGUUGACACACCAGUUAGCAAAAAAGAAAAACAGAUUCAUGACAUCACAUCAAUAACAUAUGGAUGUCCCAAUCAUAUCAGUAGUCAGGGUUACAUGAUUUCUCCCACAGCCGUGCCAGUGGCCCUCAAGGAUGAAAGACUCUUGAUGGUGGAUAUAACUAUGAGCAAAAUAUUCACCUGUUACUGACACAAGAAUAAGUCCAAGCAGUAGAGGGCCAUGCUUACUUUUUGGCAGCUACUAUGGUGCAACAAAAUUGUACUACCUGAACCCAAUAUGACUAUCAUCUGAGAUUAUGGUUUAUGGGGCAGGUGUUUGGGAGGAAAAAUGAGUAACUCUUUUUUUGAUGAUGUCGGCAUUCAUCUAGCCUCUUGCUUCAUGCUAAAAGCUUCAUAGUGAUUCUAACUAAUUGUUAUUUAUAGAUAAAAUAGCAAAGUGUUGUUGGUAGUGAAAGGCUUGAUUAUUAUUUUUGUUGUUGUUGUCUUGCCUUUCUAUAAACCUCAAAAUAGCUUUAGGUUUUGACUAUAUGCUGAAACAUUGAUUAAUGGAACAUAUAGUUAAUAAACUAAAUUUUGGAAGGGAUGAACUUCAGUAAGUUCUAUCUAAUAUUAAAAUAUAUGCUGAACUGGUCACUUAUUUAAAAUAAUUGCCCAUCAAAGUUAAAUGCUCCUGUGGAUAUGUCAAUAAGUAGUGUCCCUGGGAUUUUUGUUUUUGUACUCAUAGAUUGCACAGUGGGGAUGGACUUGUGAUUGUAAAGUUGUGGAAUCUACUCUGUGUAACUGGACUAAUGUUUCCUGUUUGAGUUGUUUAGUUGUUGUCCUUAUACUGUACUGAAACAAUACAAAUUAUUGGGAUAAAAAAGUGCUCCUCAUUGACUUAGAAAUAUCCACAUUUGUUUCAGUUCUAGAAAUAGAGUAAAAGUAAAUCCAGCGAAAAUACUAUUUAUGAUCAUUGACGGUCUUGUCCUUUCAAGUUAAGCUACUCAUGGAACAGUUAAGUGGCAUAAACAUUAUUGGGAAAAGCAGGCAAAGUCUGUCUUUCUGUUGGAAUUUGUAACUUUAUGUUAAUAAGUAAAGUGCAAUGUUCUGAUAUUUUUACUUUACAUUCUUCAGUGGAAAAAAAUAACCCCUCCCCUGUUGUUUAGGUAGAACUCUGCAAUCCUUUAACUACCUUUUGUGAUAUCUCUAUAUAAUUUUAAUUAAAGGGCAGCUAACUUAUUAGGGAAAAUUGUGUUGAUAUGAGUUGUAAUUAAACACUUUAAUCAAGGCUUUACAGUUUAAGAGGGUUAUAAGGUCAUUAACUUGUUUAGGUUUGCUUAUUGUUCGUACUGGAAUAAUUUUCAGAAAUUGUUUAUGGUUGACUAAACAAUUAAUAAACAUUGCAUGCUCAGAAUAAUCAGUUAAGCUUCUUUAAACUGUAUUGUAUUUCAUUGGUUGCAUAGUUCAUCAUUGUGUGUUAAUAAAAUGCGGAUACUAUUAUGCAGUUACUAUGCCUUGGAUCCUAAAUUGCCCCUUCAUUUAUGUAAGGCGGGGGGAGGGCAACUUGCAACAGAUUCCUGUGCAGCCCCGUAAACCAUUCCCAAUUCUCAUCCAAUUUCCAAAAUAGAUUUUAUAGCAGCACUGGUGUCUGCAAGUGGGGAGCGAAAGAUCCCCCGUUCUGUGAUCUUAGUUUCAUUCACUGAAUGAAAGCUAGAGUCUAAGCCUGUGUUUAGGUAAGCAUUGUGAUUUUCUGUGUGGUGUAAUUUUCUGUGUGUGUAAUUGUUAGUUCCCAUCUGUACAAACUAAAAGAGGCUUUACUUCUUAAAGUAACAGUUUUCAAUGCUGAGAGAUAAACAAAUAGCUCAAGGAACAAGUGUGUGUCUGAAGCUGUCAGCUGCUGCACAUUGGUUUUCUUUAACUAGCUUUAUUGUAUUUAAUAACCAGUGCAGAUAGAUAGUAUACUAAUAAAAUGUUGAUUUUUCAUGGUCAAUAAGAGUUUGACAGACAUUACAUAUUGAAGCAAAUGGGCAAGUUCCACCAACUUUUUAUUUCAAUGUAGAUGUUUCGCCAUCUAUAUCUAUAUAUACAUAUUACAGAGGUAUGAAAUCUGACAUUCUUGUUUCUUAUCUUUCAAGGAAAAAAUUUGUAUACAAAUGAAUAUGUGGCAAUUAAGCUGGUAAGUUGACAUUCAUUAAUAAUUACAAGCUCUUAGAUUUUCAUUAACUAAAUAAUGCUUGCUUUCAACAAGUUGUAUCCAAAAUGAAAGAGUUACAGGCCUUAUUCAGAGCGCACAGUUGCCAGCUACUUCCACUUUUUCAUGAUACAGCAAGUCAUUUAUUAUUCAGUAUACCAAUGGUUAAAAUACUUUUCAUCAAACCUUUUUGCUAAUAUGUAUAGUUUAAUAUUUUCAAGCUACUUGUUACUACUCAGAUGACUGGCUUUGCACUCCAGUGGGCGCAGCAUUUUUUCCAAGCAAUUUUUGGCAACAUGGAACACCAGCACAUGCUCAUUCCCUCUGCCACAGCCCUACAGAAAAUGGCAAUUAAUUUAACGUCCUGGUGAUAAAUACUAAAAAAAGAAACUUCUUGCUAUUACAAAGCUCAUACCUAAACAGAUUAUCUGGGUAGUUUCUCUCUGUGCUUUGAAAAACAUGUGCAACCUUUUAAAAUGUAAUGUUUUACAGUAUUAUGUUUUUAGAUGCGCUGGAAGCCACCCACAGUGGCUGGGGCAACUCAGUCAGAUGGGCAGGGUAUAAAUAAUAAUAAUAAUAAUAAUAAUAAUAAUAAUAAUAGACAAUAUGGUCUAUGCUUCUGCUGACCCUUUCUAGUCAAUCUUGUCAUUGGGUCAAGAGUGCCAGCAUUUCACUGAAGAUCUGUGUUCUGCCCCUUGUAGUAUUGUUCCAUAUUUUCUAAGCUUUUUGGUUGCCUAUGAUUUGCUCCUGUUAAAUACUUUAUUUAGUGUUACUGAUCUUUAUAUUUCAGCAGUGUUACUCUACAUGACAUUGUAUCUAAUGCCUUGAGUUUUGGACGUGCACGUAUUUGUGCACCCCCCCGCCAUUGUUAAUAACCAAAGGGAAAGCACAGACGCUUUGAUUUGUCCCAAUCGCCCUUGGCAUUAGCUGUGUGAUUAAAAUCUGGGGAGUUUGGCUGUGAAAGGAAAUCAUCUCUGUCUCCCUCUUCCUCCACCCUUUUACUAAAGUGGUGUCUGGUGAAAAGGUGGACUAGAAGAUAUUUAGAAAAGGGGAGUGGAGUGGUCCUCCCUGUUUCAGAGGAUCAAGGGAGAGAAAAUAAAUACUGUGUACAUUGACCUAACAUGAGAUUUUUAUGUUAGGGGGCACUCAAAACAGUUGCUUGCCUUGGAAGAGGGAUCACUUAGGGAAGUUACUAUUGCAGUAGGUGCAUGUUUGUGCCCAUAUGCUUUUCCUGGCUGCUAGUGGCUUGUGUUCCUUUGAAACUGAGAUUUCUACUCCUGUAAUUGCUAAAUUAACAGCACCUCCAGACAUUGCAUAUAUUUUAAUUCUGCCUUUGGCAUCCGGUGUUUCUUCCUAAUCCCAAAGAAACAUUUUUGAAAUGACAGUUCUAUAUGCAGUAUGGAGUACAAAUUAAAUGAGGUGUAAAUAUUGUAUUAUCAGUAUUGCACUGUGAUAAACGGGUUUAAGAAAGUAAAUAUUGUCAAAGUCUCUUUUGGUUGAAAGAAAAUUGGAAAGAUACUUCUUCAGAUAGCAGUCGUAUUAACAUUGUUGCGUUGAGAACUUGACUUUUAAAAUCUAAAAUCUUGGUCUCUUCAGGAGCCAAUGAAGUCAAGAGCACCACAGCUGCACUUGGAAUACAGAUUCUACAAGCAGUUAGGAUCUGGUGGUAAGUAUAAUUAUCAAGUUGUAGCAUAAUGUGAAGUACUACAAUAAUGAGGUUAUAGAUUGGUUAAUAAAAGUCCCACAAUUUGAUAUGUAAAUAUUUGUGCAUUUUAUCACACACAAGUAUAUUUAAUGUCAUUGGUUUAUAUUAAUAGUCACAGGUACUUGCUACACAGUUCAUUGAAGCUACAUCUAGAAUUAGCCUGAUGACAAUUUUCCAUUGAAAUCGCUCAGAUUUCUUUUACUCUGGCCAGUGUUCAGCAUAUGUGUUUGCCCUAUGGAAAUACAUUUUUCAGAGGAAAAACAUCUGCCAGUGAAAGUUAGGUACCUCGAUCCUUGUAAGGCUAGUUUGGAGAAACUGUUGCUGAGAUUUAAUUCCAUAUUGCAAUAUAGUAUAUAACAUUCAGUUUGACCUUACGUGAGUAGUAGAAAAUGUAGCUCAGAGACCAAAUUGAAAUACUUUGGUGAGGUGGCUGUGUUCAGAAAAUAUGCUUCUGCUGUUCUCCAUGACCAGAACUGGGUGCAGACCUUACUGGCUGUCUUCCAUGUGUGUAUUUUAUGCCUAUCAUUAUGGAAAUCGGUCAUAGGAUAAGGUGCUACACAGUAGCUUAUAAUAAAUUUAGACAGUACUCCUCUUUGGAUAAUUUCUACCCUGCGUAUCAUAAGAAAAUGCACCCCCCCCCCAGGAAUGACAGGAACCAAGAAGCAAGAAAUGCAGGGAAUAGAAAGUGUUUGCCUCAUACAUUUGUCGAGUCUGAAGUUCUUAAAAAUCCACCUGGAAUCCACUGAAAUAAAGAUGUCAAAACUAGUGUUCUGGGAGCAGUAGGAAUUGGUUGUUCACUCAUUUCUAUUUAGUUAUGCCUCACCAAAUCUCUUGCCACUUCUUUCAGUACUGUUUAGUCUUCAUUGUCCUUAAUUAUAGCGGUAACCCCUGAGGUAGUAGGUUUGAAUAGAUUGAAAUUAUAUUGCAAAUCCAAUACGCUGCUAUGAUUUAUGUAAGAAAUAGUAUGCCAAAGAGCUUUCUUACAGGUUUUGUAUCAAUUCCAUGUUCUGCUUGCUGAUGUUGCAUGUUCUCCAAAACCCAAGAUGACCAACAUAUAUCACAGCGUGUUUGAAAAUAAAGUUUCUAGUUUUUCUUUGUUGCCCAAAUUGCAGUAGAUGAAUGCCUGGCUUGCAAAUCAUAUUAAACUGGAGUUAAAAUAAAAUGUGGUUUAACAAGAGCAAGCAGAAUGCUGGUAUACAAUCCUGAAAUUGCAGGCACUUCUCUCUCCACUCCUGCUGUGCUGGAUAAGAAACAAAGUCAUAGCCUGACUUGUUGUUUUGGCAGAACCUGGUUUCAUGGUUUAUUCACUUGCUCUUUAUUCAUGGUUUGUUUUGCUGUUUUCCUUGCCAGUGUGGCAGCAGCAGGAACUGGGGCGAAACCAAAAUGCCUGUGAUCUAGCAGCAUGCACCAGCAUAGUCCUUGUUCACAUAAAACCACAUUUCAUUUUAACUGAUUUAAUGAGAUAUGAGAACCAGACUAAUGCAACUUAGGUUGCUAAUAUUUUUCAUCUAGAACAAGAGCUUAGCGUAUGUACAUGACAAAACUAUUUAUGAUUAUAUCUUCUAUACUGCUGUUACAAAAGAAGAUGUCUAUUAUAACUGAUUGCAUUCAUGUCAGACUUUUAGUUGACAUUGUUAGGAGAAUUGUUGGCCGCCUAAAUUUGAACCACAGUAGUGAAGCAUCAGAGGGCAUUGUUUGUUGUAUUUUCUACUAUAUUUUGAUGAUGUUUAGUUCAUAGUUCUGUGAACAAGAAACUGGAUGUUAACUGUGACAACAAAACAGCUUAAUAUGAUAAAGUACUUUGUAUAUAUUAUUCAGUGGAAAUGUUUUGCAUGUUGGUCAUUAGCAGCAUCCUCUAUCUGUAUGUAUCAUGUAGAUAGAUUUCAGACACUUUCCUAAACGACUUGGAGUUACUGAGGGGGUCUGUUCUACAAGUCUAGCCCCCAUACCAUAAUUGGGCUUUAAAAUAAAGCCAGCUAUUGGUUUCAAUAAGAAGUUCUUUUCAGCCUAAAACCUGCUGGUGGGGGUGGCACAAAGAGUGGGUGUUGUGGGCUGGAAGGGGAGGAUCCAUAGGCUCCAUCCAGCCCACUAGUUCCUCAACUUUGUUGUGUUGGGAUGAAAGCAGCAUAGUGAUACUGGUGCAAUAUGGGUAAGCUACCUUUGAGGAUCCCCCCAAAGCAUCAAAAAUAUCUAAUGUAGGGCAUGUGACUGAAACUCUGUCCUCAGCUACUAGAACUAUAGAAUUAGAUUUGAAAGGCUUCUCGGAGGUUAUCUAGUAUAGUACCCUGUUCAAUGCAAGGUCUGCAAUGCAGCAUACAACUACAGCAUCCCAGACAGUUGGCCAGAAGCCUUUUUGUUUGUUUGAUGUACCUGGUACCUGAUCUUGUCAGGAUCCAUUUCUUGAUGUCAUUAGGUUUUGGCCAGCACCAGUAACAAGUGCAGUGUUGGAUUCUCAUGAGCAAAUGUGACUUGGCUCCCAGCUGCCGCCUUAAUGCAUGGGGAAGCUCACCUGAUUUGGAAGGGAUUUGCUGCCAACAGGGCCUGCCUUUCUGUGAAGUGUCCUGUGUCUGCAGAAGACAUUGCUGCUGCUUGCUGACUAAUGGAGCAUUGUUAAACCAGCACACACUUUCCACCUAUUGCAAGAUAGAUGAAAAUGCCCCAUAUGACAAUAGGUUUAGGCUUAUUCUUGAUUUUUCAGCUCCACUUGAUGUAGAAGUUUUUAUAUGUUCUGUAGCUAGCUGGGUAAAGGUUGAAUGGGAGAAAAGCAGGCAAUCUCUGUUAUCUCUGCCCAAGCUGUUUCCAUUGCUGAGCUUCGAUAUUUUCUUUCAACACUGACAGAGGGAUCAGAGAGAAAGGAAGGGGAGGGGUAGCUGAAAAUAGAGGUCACAAGUAAAGUAUACCACUCCCACUGAUUCCCCCCCCCCACCCAAGGCACUGCCUACUUUUGAUUAUGGCACUUGAUUGUUUUCCAUGGGCCACAGGCUCUUCACAGAAAACAUGUUCUCUGAAACAUGCUUUGAAUAAAAUACACCACAAAUCAUUUGUAGCUUUUUCUUUGGCCAAGGGAAACUGGUACACUAAGUUAAGGAGCACUAUAACUUUACAUAUCUGCUGUUGGAAAAUACAGUUUAUUUGGGGUCUUACAGCAUUUUUUAAAAUAAACACAGGCAUACAGCUUUUAGUCCAGAUUUUGAACCACUAUUGAUAGUAAUAACAGAUAGAUGAUGAUGAUGAUGAUAGUAAGAGAUGCAUAGGCAUAUUUUGUUGAUGUACCCCUGAGAAUGAACAAUAGAAUAAUCUGCCUAUAUCCAUAUGGUGAUAGCCAACUUAGAUUCAUUUAUUUCAAUGGGUCUGCUCUAAGCAUUAUCUAAAGCUGUAAUUGCAACACCAUUUACUUCCAUGCAAGUGCCAUUGAAUUCAGUUGAACUUAUUUCUGAGUAGACAUGGUUAGCUGCAUAACGGUGCAGGCCUAUCGCCCAUACACCAUUGCAUGCUCUUCUAGAUAAUGUUUCAUAAAAUUGCCACUGGGAUUGUUUACUUUUCAGAGCCACUGGCUCAAACCAGAUAAAUGUUUUAGGUCUGAACUACACAUGUUCUGAAAGAGCAAUGUAUUAUUAGAUUCAGGUUAGCUUGAUUGAUCUCAUGCACUGUGAAGUGCUUAUUCUUGAGCUCCAUAGAUACAGUUUGUGGGAUUUAGAAAUUUGCAGAACCUUGGUUCUGUUGUAGCAAACAGAAGAUGAUGGACAAUGUUCAGUAUAGACAUGGGCAAAAUGCUAGAAAUUCUAGCAUCUUCUGGUAAAAAUACUAAAAUUCAUUGGUUGUAACUUUAUAUUUUAUCUUGAUGGCAGUGGUGCAUGACAACCGUUAAGUAGACAAUGUGCUAGACUUUGCAAGAUACCAUAAGAUUGGGCUUCAUAAAGUUCAUUGUGUACCUUGUGUGUGGAUGUUUAUCUUGUAAUUAAGUUAUUGUGCACAAUUACUGGCAACCUGUCAUAGCAAAUAAUUAAAUACCAACAUUUAAGUCUGCACAUUCCUAGGAUUACAAAACCUAGUAUUUCAGUAUAAUAUUUCAGGUACAGCCCAAACUACAAUGAAAAGGGAGAACUUAAGAAUUAUUUAGUGAAUCAAAUAUUUCCUGCAACAAGAAACUUAAUAGUGAUAAGUAGCUUAAAGUCUGUGGAAAUCUUUGUGUAAGAUAGUCUUAAUUAUUCUCCAGUUGAAAUGUGAGAUGGUUCUUAGAACAAAAGUGUGUUGAAAUGACUGUUUCAUUUCAUUUUCCCAGAUGGAAUACCUCAGGUUUACUAUUUUGGCCCUUGUGGCAAGUAUAAUGCUAUGGUGCUGGAACUACUGGGACCUAGUUUGGAAGAUUUAUUUGACUUGUGUGAUAGGACUUUUUCUCUAAAAACUGUUCUUAUGAUAGCCAUACAGUUGGUGAGUAUACUUCUAUUUUCUUUUUUAAAUAAUGGUCCAUUCAGUAUUAGCUGGAUAUUCUUUGAGCAAAUGCAGAAAGAAUGUGUCACCUGGUUGCUUAAAACUUUUUAGGGUUGUUUUCCACUGUAUUUCUCUGUGAACGGUACUGUUAGAUGUCAUGAAGACAAAGGGUUGGCUAUGGAGGUCCUAUGAGCAGAGUUCUAGUCAUUGAAAGGAGGGCAGAUGAUUCACACAGAUUCCACUAAAAACCUGCUUCAAAGUGUUGGAAGAACCUCUGAAAUAUUGUGGAAGAUAGCUGGAGGGGGGAGGGGGAAUCAGCAAAUAUUGCCUCCCAUCCCCCUUUUACUAGAGACAACCUCUGCUUUUCACAAACUGCCCUUUUGUUUGUAGAGGAGCUACUCUGGAUCCAAGCCACAUCUUUAUACUUAACUAAACACAUUAAUAAACAAACCAUUACCUUUAGACCUAGCAUGAAAUAUAUUUGAGGAUGCUGUAUGCUCACUGAUGAAAAACAUUUGAACAUAGAAAAUCUGAACUUUGUGAAUUAUAUUGCUCUGUCUCUGUUAUUCAUGGAAAGGACCAAAUAGCAAUGCAACCGCUGCCCCCCCCCCCCGGUUGCAAACUAUUCUUCCACAGGAGUCCUCCUUGGACCUUAUCCUGUCUGGGUUUCUGAGAUUUCACUUGGGACUGUCUUCAUAUUUCAGGCUCAUUUUAAUUGUUGUACUACCUAGAAACUGAUUUUCAACAUGCUACGUUCAGUACCAGUUUCUGCAUUAUGUAAUUCAGGUGCAGAUUUUCAUAAUAUUUUGAGGUCUGUUCAUUCAGCACCCGUUUAAUUUACAAGGCAGUGCUGGGCUUCUAUUAAGCAGGUUUGAAUUCUUAUCAGAAAUCCAUUUUCUACACAAUAAAUUUUGCAGCCUUUUUCUAAAAAUCAAGUUUCCUUUUUCUGAGAAGUGUUACACACUCAUCUUGGCCAUUUUUUCCUUAGGUGCAUUAAAGUUUAAAAGUGGUUGCCUAAUAAUCUUAAUGGACAGAAUGCAAGCACUACUUAGUUUAACAAAGAGUAAUUGAAUCACACACAGUGACUCAGCACUAAAAAGCAAACGUGUGUACUCCCGAAGAAGUGAACAUUGCUGCUUUGCUUCUCAGAUGUUUUGCUGCUGUGUUGUAGUUUGGCUUAACGUGUUAUCAGAACAUUGACUCAUGGUUCAGGUCUCCCUAGGCAAACCAUCAAUCAUAGAUCAUGAGGGAAAGUUUUGUUACAGUUUGUAGCUUGUCUGGAGACAGCCUGGAUGUAGAUGAUGUAUUAAACCAAACCAUGGCUUAAGUUCAGCAUAGAGCAGCAGCAAAAUGACUGGGAAGCAGCAAAGAGGCUUGGGAGUCCGUGUGUUUUGUUGUUCGUGCUAGGCCACUUAGCUGCUCACUAGUCAUAAAAGAGUGCCUGCUGUUGCAGCCUCAACCAAAGCUAGAAGUUUCAAUGAAAGAAGAGCUUCCAUUUUUAUUUUGACACAUGAAGAAACAUGUUCUUUCAAGACAGAAAAGAUAUAGCAAUUUUUUGUUUUUAUUUGUUCUGCUAUUAUAGUUGUGGUAAAAAACAAACUUUCUUUCAUUCUGUUUAAUAGAUUUCUCGAAUGGAAUAUGUUCAUUCAAAGAACUUAAUAUACAGAGAUGUAAAACCUGAAAACUUCUUAAUAGGACGACCAGGAAACAAAACUCAACAAAUUAUUCAUAUUAUAGAUUUUGGUUUGGCAAAAGAAUAUAUAGAUCCAGAGACAAAGAAGCACAUACCAUACCGAGAACACAAAAGCCUUACAGGAACUGCUAGAUACAUGAGUAUAAAUACACAUUUAGGAAAAGGUAUGUAUUUAUUUUUAGAACACAAACUUAACCAAUUCACUAGAAUUCUGACGAGCUCUGUGCAUAUUAAUCACUUUUGCAAACGACUGGUUUUUGUAGCUCAGAUAGGCUUUAUUUGUUUUAUCGAAGGGUACUUGAGUGCAUGUUGAGCAUAAAAAUACUUGCUUUUGUGUUUAAGUAGUGGACUUGAGCAGCUUUCGUAUGAGUAAAUGUUACAAUGUAUGGGGCUUUUUGUUUUAAAUAAAAUACAAGUAAGGUGAACUUAACCAUCCAGGGGUCCUUUACCUUUUUACCUUUACCUAUAGAAAUGUGUAGAAUUGAGUGGAGAAGUAGAGAUAUUAUUUUUCUUUCUUGCAUCAUAUUAGAAAGCAGAGUCAGCCAAUGAACUUGAAUGGUGGAAGAUUCAGAAGAGGCAAAAAAAGUAAUUCUUCACACAGUGCAUAUUGUUAAACUAUGGAAUUCACUGACAUAAGACGCAGUGAUAGCCACCUAUUUGGAUGGCUUUUAAAGGGGAUUGAUGGAGCACAUAGAUGGGCUAUAGAUGGCUGCUAGUCCAGUAUGUCUCUAAAUACUAGUUGCUGGGGUGCAUAGUGAGUGCAUUGUGCUCGUUUCUUGCUUGUGGGCUCUCCAUUGGCUUCUGGUUGGCCACUGUGAGAACAGAUACUGUACUACAUGGGCCUUUGGACCAUACCAUCUGUACCUUUUCAUUUUGAGUUAUCUCUUUUUUUUCUUUCCUAUUCCAACCAUGAUGGCUGUGAUUCAUCAUACAACUCAAUGCUAAUAGCAACUGUUUUGUAACUUUGUGUCCAAGAUAGCUCACGCUACAAAAUUCAAAACAGAUACGGUAAAUAUAACAAUAGAAAUGAAACAAUCAAAAUAAACAAACCACUAUCAGUGCUACAUAAAAAGAAGCAGCAGUAAAGAUCCAGUUAAGUAAAAGCCCUGGAUAAUUAGUGUGCCUCAUAGAGCUCUGUGGAAUGAGUUCCAAAAAUGAAGGGCUACCACAGAAAAGUGUCUUAUCCCCACUUGUCAAUUGCCUAAACUGAGGGCAGGGACACCUAUAGCAGGACCUUGGAAGAUUUCAAGUGAACAGGCAGCCUCUCAUACGGUUAAAUGUGUACCACUGUUUUAAAGGUUGUGCUCUGGAGGAGGUGGCUUGCUUUUUAUUCUUUUGUAGAAAGAGAAUAAACCUCCUGGAUCCAAACAACUCAAAAGUGUUUUAAGAACUGCAGAUGGGGCUUUCUCUUUGACUUAAUCUAGAAUUUGUGUAAGAUUGGAAUCAUGGCAGUUUCACAAGUGCUUUCAGAAGCCAAUGUAUGAAGUUCUCUGCUUUUUCAGAAGGGAGAACAGUGUGUUGUGGGCACCUUUCAUAAUACAGCCAUAAAACUGGGGGGAACUUAAAAGUGGUGUUCAUAGCUAUUAUUCUCCUCCCACUCCCUGGUCCUGAAAGGGUGCUGUGAGCAGUUUUGCAUGCAGCCUUUGGAAACUCUCCACACUUCCCUAAAAGAAAAAAAGGUGGUGGGUGGAGGGGAAGAGAAGCACAUGUUUCUGAAAUCAAUAGGCAGAGUUCAUUUUUUUGCAUUCAGGAAUAUGAAGAGCUGGAAUAGUGUGUCUUGGCUUUCUAGAACACAACUCUUGCAGGUUUAAGCCUCCAAUAUCUUGUUUGUUGCUAUAACAUGGUAACAACACAGUCCAUUUUCAAAGCAGCUCUUUUUUACUUAAAUAUAUAAUUUAAUUAGAGCAGUAGCAGUUAAAUUUAGACUCCAUAUUUCCACACUUUUAAAGGCUUGAUAAGUAAAGAAUAAUUUGUUUUCUUACCAAGAUUUUUUUUUUACCUAAAAUUAUACUUGAGAAAAAGCUGUAGAACAUAGCAAAUAUAUUUUUGUAGCUGUGCAUCUUGUACCAUUCCUUUCUUAUGAAUAAGUUCAGAACUUGGAGUCUUAACAUUUUAACUUUACUUUUCCAGAGCAAAGUAGAAGAGAUGAUUUGGAAGCUUUAGGUCAUAUGUUCAUGUAUUUUUUAAGAGGCAGUCUUCCAUGGCAAGGCUUAAAGGUAGUGUGCCAAUUAUUUGAAUUUUGUUUGCUCAAGUAUUGCCAUAGUUUCAUAAAAUAUUUCUGAAGCAACUCAAUAUCUUUUCAAAUUUAGGCAGAUACACUGAAAGAACGGUAUCAGAAAAUUGGAGACACAAAGCGAGCAACCCCCAUAGAAGUACUGUGUGAGAACUUUCCAGGUAAUCAUUUCUUCUGUAAAAGAACUGUCUGUAUAGAGUUGACAUCGCCAAAUUUAAGUUGCUCACUAAAUUAAGUUGCCACACCAUGGUCAUAUUUGUGAUGUCAGUCGGGCAUAUUUUCUCUUGACUCUUACCUUCACCAUUUUGGUUUAAUUAAUGUUUAGCAUAUUGGUGAGGAAACAGGUUUCAUUUUUUCUUGUGCUCCCCCACAUUUUUCAUUUGCCUACUGUGUAAGAGGAACUGUUGUUUCUAAUAGAUUUUAUGAAGCUGACCAUGCAGUUGGUGGCUGGUAGACAUGUACUGAGUUCAUGAGGGAGAUCUCAGAAAUCAACCAUGCAGAUGCCAAAAGGGCUUUCAUCGCUAAGAGUCCAAUAUCCCAUAUUGAGAACGAACUCACAAUUGGCAAAAUAUUUGGCUAUGAAACAUCUUACAAAACUUGUGGUGUCUCCAAAGCUGAUAACCUUAAUAAACAUCUGAUAGAAUAUUUCGGGAAUGCACCUCCCUGAAAAGUUAAUACCAGCCCUUUGAACUGUGCCUGGAAACAGACUGAAAGGUAGUGAAAAUAACAAACCACUGGAACAAUAUGAUCACGUAUUCCUGUCUUGGUCAACAGUCUUGUUGCCUUACUUGGGACAAGCUGAGGUUUCUGGGCCAUUUUCAAAGGCAACUCCCACAUAUAGUGCAUUGUGUUUUGUUCAGUCAAUUGCCAAAAUUUAGUCCCCUUUUGUGCACUAAAUUCCAGUUUGUAAAAAUACUUUUCUGUAUUUGAAAACUAAAUUAAGGAUUAGAGUAGCAGGUCUCUGUUUUUACUGAUAUUUAAAAUUAUUUGUUUAUUCAUGUAGAGGAAAUGGCUACAUAUCUUCGUUACGUGAGAAGACUAGAUUUUUUUGAAAAACCAGACUAUGACUACUUAAGAAAGCUCUUUACAGACUUGUUUGAUCGGAAGGGCUAUAUGUUUGAUUAUGAAUAUGACUGGAUUGGUAAACAGCUGGUAAGUGUACAGUUUAACAAGUACUCUUUUAAUGUCCCUGAAACUCAUAACAGAAUAUCUGCUAGCAUAUAAGUUACUUUUCUGCAAUAUAGCAGAUACAUAGAAGAGACUCCAUUGUAUCCUCUAUUACCUUAAUUUUUUUUCUGAAGCCGUAAGCAGAUAUUUCAUAGGACCUUUCUCUCUUUGAAAAGAAUACUUGGGUUAUAUUUGUCUUGCAUUUUGAGUGUGUAGAGGACACUAUUUACUCUGUAAGCAGGACUUUAGCAGUAGGAACUGCAAAAGCUAUAUCCUGUUUCACAUUCCUUUGUAUAUAUCUACCGCUCUGUUAUGUUUGGUUGGUCUAAUCAAAGGAGCCUAAUGAGGUCUUGUUUACAGAAACUAGCUCUGAAAUCCAUGUUCUUUAAGUUUGACAGUAUGGUAGCCUAUAAAACACGUAUGUUUAAUCAUACCAGGGCAACUUGUUUGUUCUCAUAAGCCACAGUGUUCACAAUAUGUUAAAUCCACAAAAUUCAGAUAGGGUUAAAUGGCAAGUGUAACUUGCUAGUUGUUAGAUGCCUCUUGCUACACUUGCUACAUUUUCUGAUGUAGGACAUUAACUGAAACAACUAUCAAGAUAGCCUGCAUUUAGCCUUCCGGUAAAAUGAUCUGUUUUACUUCCUGGUAAUAAGUUUAAACUGUGUAAUGGAAGUGUACAUCUGAUGUUUUGAAAACCUGCUCUAGUUGAACUGCCCCCCUUCUCCUGCUCCUUGCCAUCUUCCAUUAAUUGCCCUGUGGGAACGAUUCCAGAGAAGAGAAAAAGACAUCAGGAGCUUUUUCUGUUCCAGCUGGACUGUCCGUUUCUCCCUACUUCUCAGCUGCCCCAUGGGGUAGAACCUUGAGAUAUGCUGAGGUUGCUUGUUGUGCCCCGCUCUUCUCCAAGUGUGCAUUUCUGCUGCUUGUGUAAGUUGGCUUGGAAGGAUAUGUGUUCUGAAAGGGUAAAAAAGAAUACUUAAACCUCAUGUUAGUCUUGCAGGCGGGUCCACAAAGUAACUAGCCUUCUUACUCACAUAUAUUAAUGUCAUUAGCUUACAAAACCUCUGUGUGAUAGUAAUUCUUUCUUACCAAAGGCUUCAAGGCUUGUGACUGACUUAAUAUCAUGAAACUUAAGAUGCCCUUUCAAUCAGUUUUCCAAAAUAUAUGCUGGUAACUUUGAAACCUACUAUGUUAUAUUGCCAGCAUUCAGCAUAAUGUAUUGUUUGUAGCCUACUCCAGUGGGUUCAAUCCAUUCGGAUCCUGCAAUAUCUUCCAACAGAGAAGCACAUCCUCACAGAGAUAAGAUGCAACAGUCGAAAAAUCAGGUAUGCUGUCUGUCAACGUGUGCCAUUUGUACUGUCAUAGGUUUGCUUUAGUUCAUGCUUCCAGUAAAACAGAUGUUGUUUUCUUAGUACAGUAUUUAUUCAUACAAGGCUUUUGAUUCUUUAAAUAAAUAUACUCUCUGUAUGUAAUUCUGUAUGUACUGUUCAGUGCUUUAUUAUGUAGUUAGGUUUAUGUGUCAGCAUGAGGGAGGGAGAGAAAAAGGAAGUGUGAGAGAGACUUCCUGGAUCAGUGGAGGCAUAUUGAAGAGCUGCUUCAAAGAUAGUGCAUAUCGGAUCAUUAUCCCUCCACACCAGCCUCUUUUUCAGACUGAAUUUUCUUACCUGCUUUCACCAUGGUUAAUCAUUACAUCAGCGCUGACUUAAACUAUUGCUAUGGUUAACAAGGCUUCCUAUUAAAAUAGGAUUUGAAGCCAGCAUCAAACUCAGUUUUAAAAUUUGAUUUAGAGGGAACUCUGGUUAGUCCUCUGUGGUUACUGUUAUUUACCUGUGUAAUGAUAACCAUGUUUUAAAUCCAGGGGCAAGGAGAAUUUUGCCUAGAGGGCCUGGAAGGAGGGCACACAUUGCCUUUCACCUGUCCCUGAUCCAUUUUUGUUGUUGAAGGUUGCUUUCUUGCCAGUCUCCAGAAUGUAGCUUCUUGUUAAGAAUGAUAUGAAGUCUUUAGACACAGCUUGAACUUCAGGUGUGAGCAAAGAUUUUGGAAUGUCUAGAUUUCCCUGUGCUCUCAUUGCUAGCUAUCUUUUCUUAGCAAGAGCUCUAUAGAAGUCAAACAUACAGAUGGGGAAUGGUUCUAGCUCAGGAAUAAUACUUGCUGCUUGUUGGUAAAAAUUCUAAUUGAGAUUGGAGUUGCUGCCGUGACCAAAAGCAUCCAAGUGUUGAGGUGUAUAGUAUAAUUUUAUAGCUGUUCCUGAAACAAUUGGUUCAGUGUUUGCCCAUAGUUCAUGGAGUUCUCUAGGGAUUCAGCUAACAAACCCUGCUGGGGAAGCCCAUGCUAGCUAACUCAAUGGGGCAUCCACCUUCCCCUAAAGAAAUCUUGGAACACUGCAUGUGGGGAAGAGAGGGCAGAUUGUUCCGUCAGGCAAUCAAAAGUGCUUGCUGUGGUGGAGCAAUCUGCGUAGCCUUACACUGAAUUUGUCCUCGCAUAUUUUGUAUUUCUUGAAGUGGCUGUCAUUUUUAUUUGAAUUAUAUUAUUAUCUUUACAACAAGGUCUGAUUAAGAAUACAUAUGCUAUCAAAUAUUAACUGUAGCUCAAAGUUGCCAGUAUUUUUUGAACCAAAGCUAGUGGUAGCAGCCUGGCCUGGUUACAUCUAUUCUAUGAUUUCCCUCAGCAGGACAGAUAGUUUUUUUCCAAGCCUAAGGAUAAAAGUAAACUGAGAGUAACUUGUGCCUAUAAAAUGAGUAGGUUUGUGCAGCCUGGCUCAAGACUCAGUGUACUUAAUAGACUUGACACACAAGUAAAAAUGUGGAUCUGUCAAAAUAAUUUCAUUUUAUUCUUACAUUUUGUAUAGAAAAAUUAAAUGGUACAUUAGUGUAAACAUCACCACAUUAAGUUUCUCAUGUUAACUUCUGCUUUAAACUUUGGAUUAAACAGUUUUGGCAGGUUUAAAUUUUAGCUUUCAAAUAUUCAAUGUAUCUAUGACAAUCUGUAUUGUAUUGAGUGUGCAUGCUAUGGAAGUACUGUAGAUCUCUGUUUUUAAGAAUGACUCAUUCAAGUGAGCUUUUUAGAAAGCACAGUUUAUCCUGCCCCAAAUGUCCCCAAGUAUUCCUAUUCUGCAUGGGGUUUCAUGUUUGAAGUUUUUGUUGAACAUUUUCAAUUACUUACUUUUUGUAUAUAUUAAAAAAACUUUAAACAUGUGUCUUUCUGUAUUCAAAUACAUAUGUAUGCAUAAUGCUACAUGUGCAUAGAUGCCCUUGUGUUCCUGUGAUUUUUUUAUUUUAAUGUAGAAAACAGCUGAUUAGCCGCAUGAUGUGUUUAAUAUGUUCUGGGUUCUUAUUCCUCCUCUUCCAUGCAUGCUUAAUGCAUUGUAUAACUGGCAGUCGACAGACCACAGGGCAGCUUGGGACCCCCAUCAGGCCAAUCCCCAUCACUUGAGAGCUCACCUAGCAGCUGACAGACAUGGUGGCUCGGUACAGGUAUUUUCUGUUAUUUGCAUGAAUAUUUCCACAUCUUUAUAUCCUUGGACACACGCGCCAUGUGUGUAGUUUUCUGCUGAAAAUUCUGCUUCAUAACCAAGUUUGUAACCACACUCCUUUUGUGAUAAUAUCCAUACUGAAAAAGAUCACACAAAAUUUGACUUCGUUUCUACAAAUGCUUGUAGAAAAAUACUCAUCUGGAUUUUUUUUUUUGGGGGGGAGUGUUUGGUAUAGUUGACUGAGUUGACAGAUGGAAUGACACUCAGUGGUAGUGAUAGAAAUAGCAUUGGGGCCAAAUGAAUUUGGACUGUAGAAUAUCUGCAAAAUAUUGUACUACUGGAAUGUACGUAAAGAAGCUUUAUGCCACCAAGAAUAAGUUUUGGUAUAGUAGGCUAUUAUAUAUCUAAUAUGCUUGUGCAGAUGUCCUUCCACCCCAAACAGAUUAUUAGUGCUAUUGGUUCUUUUAGUGGUGAUUCUUGUUAAACAGCCAGGAAAUGGGAUGCCUGGCUGCUGCAUUUUCCAUUUCCUCAUGUAACUGAUAUGUUAGUGCCACAAGAGCAAAUGAACUCUUAAGUGGUAUAUGGGUGCUGCAGGAGUGACCUUUGUUAUCUCAGGGUCUGGAUGUAAGGUAUUUCACUGCUGAGGUUUGAACACAUGUACCUCCUUCACAUCUUCCACUUGGAAGGCUCUCACUGAAUUGGAGUGCGUGUUCAAAAGCAGCUGUGAUUCUAUACUCUGCUUGCUUUUUCUCAUUGCAAGUGUAUCUAUCGCUCCAUCAUAUCAGGGGGAUUGAAUUCGUAUUAGUGGUAUUGAUGACAAAAUUGAGCAAUCUUCUCACAGUAAAUACAGAAUGAGUACGCAUAAAAGCUAAUCAUUGAAAUUCGCUGACCCUUUUCAGUGGGCUUCCAAUUCCUCAUGAAAAUUGAGUGGCAGAUGGGAAGCUCUCUAAGAUUCUGCUCUCCCUUUCCUCCAUCUAAAAUAAGGACCUGAGUAGCUCUUGCUUCCUUAAUUGCAAUCAUAUUGGUCCACUGGUUAAUCUUGCUGUUCCCAUAAUCCUACCAACACUUGUACUUUGUUUCACUAAUGCUUAUACAAGGAUAAUUGAGGGUCUUCCUUUUUAUUAUUGAAUGACACUGUGAUAAUUACAAAUCACUGAUACAGAAAGAAGGUACUUUCCUGACAUAUUUUUGUCCAGCCAUAGUCACGAUUAGCUAAAGCAUGCUGUUGUCUCAAGUCCUAGACAACAAUAGAAGCGAAAUGCUUUUCCCAUACUGAGCGAUUUUAAUGGCUGUUGAGACAGAACUGGGAUUCAAUAGUUCACAGUGAGCAGGCAGAGACUAUUUAAGAAAAUUUAUUUGUCAUUUAAUCAUCAAAACCUCCAAGCAGUUUGCAUAAAAUAUAAAAUAUGCAUUAAAAUGAAUGAUAAAAGCAGAUGUUAAAAAUUAGAGAGCCUGAUUUUUCCUCUAGUAUAAAAUGAGCAGUUUUUAAAAUACACAUUAUAAAACAAAACAACAGAUUAAAAUAUUUGUUACAUUUACAUGUUUGGUAGGCUUAGAUAAACAAAAAUGGUUUCAGCAGUUGCUGAAAACAUUAAAGUGUGGGUACCCUCCUAAUGCCAAUGGGCAGGGAGCUCCAAAGUGAAUUAUUAUUUGCAAGUGCAAAAUGAACAUUAUUUGGUGCUUGUAAAAGUGUCAGUUCUGGUCACUGAAAUGGUCACCGGUCUGUUAACAGCAGCCAUUGUGUCUGUAACCUCCAGACCAUGCAAGAUAGUUCAACUUGCUGCCCACUAGAUGAUGCAAUGCAGGCUGUGAAAUGUGACUUCUUUGCUGUUUGCACUGCCACAUGGUAUGCAUGAUUAUGGGCGUUUGGUUGGCUUCAUGGUGAGAAUUGUACCUCUUGUACUCUAGUCAUCCAGCUUGCUUCAAAUCCCACAGCUCUUCAGAAUACCAAGGAGCCACUAGGGCUGCACAACGCCAGAGAAGAAGCUCAGAAGGAAUAGUUUCCAUCAGUCUCUAAGGAUUGCCCAUCCAAAUGGAUCCACUUCCCUUGCCAGGAGGGAAUUGCAACUAUCAGUCCAAAAUACCUACUAUCAUACCCAAUACUAUAAUAAUAAUAAUAUCCCAAAGCUGGCUUGUUGAGAGGAAAGUUUUGUUUUUUAAAAAACCCCUGAGUUGAACAUCCGUGUAAAGAAAAGGGAUGUCUGUUGUAAUUUAAAAGUGCACUCAUGAGUAUUUUUCUGUUACUGGUAAACUGUCAGGCACUGCUGAUCUUCAUGAUGGACAUUGUAAAACACCAAAUGCCACCAUUUAUUUUUGCUGUUAAUUUUGGUGAGAGCAUUCUCACUCCUCACAUUAGUACAAAUGAAUCAUUUUGACUUAGCAUUUAUAUAGAGAUCUCAUUGCUUUUGUUCAGUAGAGUCUGUUAAGUGGUUCUCUGCUAUAGUCAUAGUGACAAAGGUGGGAACUAAGCUAGUGUUGUAAUGGUGAUUAUAGGGAAUGAGAUGACUGUCACUGUCGUCUGACACCUCCAUGACCUGCUUUAAUGGAAAAGGAACAAAUUGCAAGUUGCUAAUCUUGAAGUUUCUGCAAUAUUUUGUGGCAGAUCUUCCUAUAAAUGAUUUGGGAAUAUAAAUGUGUUAUAAGCACUAUUCUUCAAGAUAUUCGUUUGGUCAGGAUUUUGUGUGCUUGUGCAGUGAAUUGGUGAGUUUUCCCAUACGUGCUUGGAGUCUUAUAUAGCGGUUGUCUAUAGAAAUUAAUCCAGUCAUGGUGCCAUGACUGAAAUGUGACUACAUCAGAAUCAUUGAAAUAUGUAGGUGCAAUGCAAUAAGUCUAGGUUUAAGUUCUUACUGCGUUUUCAGUUCUAGCUGCCAUGGACAUUUUUUAUGGCAAGCUGGAAUACAGUGGUGCCUCGCAAGACGAAAAGAAUCCGUUCUGGGAGUCUCUUCGUCUAGCGGUUUUUUCCUUGCGAAGCAAGCCCAUUGACGGAUUAGCGGAUUAGCGCUAUUAGCGCUAUUAGCGGCUUUUAGCAGCUUUUAGCAGCUUAUCAGCUUAUCGAAUAAGCAGAUAAGCGGCUUAGCGACUUAGAAAAAGAGGGGGAAAAGGAAAAAAAAACCCCAGGAACUCGCAAGACAUUUUCGUCUUGCGAAGUAAGCCCAUAGCAGAUUCGUUUUGCAAGGCACCUCCAAAACGGAAAACUCUUUCGUCUAGCGAGUUUUCCGUCUUGCGAGGCAUUCGUCUUGCGGGGCACCACUGUAUAAAUCUAGCAAAUAAUUAAAAACAUAUCCCAUUCACUCCUUAUUCCGUGUUGAAUCAUGAUGGUUUGUAUUUUUCGGGGCAUCUCAAAUUAGGUAAUAAAUAUGACUUAUUGACAUAUUUUAAGUCUUGUUCUGUUGCUGUGAGCUUUGAAGAAGGUUCCUGAAUGGCUUAGAUGUUUCCAAUUCCUGACUACAACUACCAGAAACUGCUACAGGAUCCUUCUACAAAGCAUACAAAGAAUUAAGCCCAUAAAUUUAACAUUUUGUUGGGCUUGCUGCUUAUGUUUGCAAAAGCUCACCUUGUGAACUUCUUGGGUGUUCUUGGGUUCCUGGAUAAUAAAUAAAUUUACCUUCACACAAACUGAACCAUUUUAGGUUUGAGCUUGGAGUAUUUAUCUUUUGUUAUGUAACAUCUGAAAUGAGUGGUUGGGUUGGGUUUCCAAAUAAAAUGUUCAAAGCCAAAAUUGGAGUUUAAGGUUGUGAAUAGCUAUUAUGAAUCAUAAUAUUGAAAUAAAAAUGUGCAACUUGUGGGAGAUCUCAAAUACAAGUUUUCUGUAAAGGAAGAAAAACUUUUAAGUAAACUAAUUCAGUAGUGACACCUGAAACUUUAAUCUUGGCUACUUUCCAAUAGGGGACGCGGAUGGCGCUGUGGAUAAAACCUCAGCGCCUAGGACUUGCUUAUCGUCAGGUCGGUGCUUCGAAUCCCCGCGGCGGGGUGAGCUCCUGUCAUUCGGUCCCAGCUCCUGCCCACCUAGCAGUUCGAAAGCACCCUUAAGUGCAAGUAGAUAAAUAGGUACCGCUUUAUAGCGGAAAGGUAAACAGCGUUUCCAUGUGCUGCGCUGGUGCAGGCUCGCCAGAGCAGCUUCGUCACGCUGGCCACGUGACCGGGAAGUGUCUUCGGACAGCGCUGGCCCCCGGCCUCUUAAGCGAGAUAGGCGCGCAACCCCAGAGUUGGUCACGACUGGCCCGUACGGGCAGGGGUACCUUUACCUUUACUUUCCAAUAGCAUGCAACCUAUGUGCUUCUGGUUUAACUUCAGCACAGGAGAGGCUUGUGCCAUUUGCAGCUAAAAAAUAGCCUAUUCCAGCAAAUAGAGUAUAGCUAUGCAGUUCUAUCCCACUUGAUUUCAGUAACCGUUUUAUAGUGCUGUGUUUUUGCUUGUUCAGCAUGCAAACAUUUAGGAUCCUACAUAAGAGGCUGUUAGCAAAUCUGUUCUUUAUAAUCUCCUUUGCAGCACAGAUGAAUCGGGCAGAGAGCAUUGUUUACUAGCACAGCAGUAUUGUUUGCUACUAGUGCUAAACAAACACAAGAGUUGGCAUGAGAGGGUCAGGUCCCAGUACCAGAGCAACGAGAUAGGUUGUCUCUUUGAACUAUGAAUGGGAACCUAGUGCUGCUUUCAUGGAAAUGUACACUUCUAAACAGAACACAUCCCUUCUCCUACGACCUGAGAACCUGCCGUCAUCACUAGCAGGUCAGCCUUGUGUGGCAAAAUGUUCUUUGUGUUCACUCUUGUAAAUGGGUGGACCGUAUGUACUGUUGCCUCAAAAAUAGUUUUAUCGUGUUGGAAGAUAUUGGCCUACAUUAUUAACUUCGGCGGUUAUAAAGCACCUGAAAGCAUCUUAAAAUGGAAAGCUUUAGCCUUGACCUUAUGCAUUCAAAAUAGUUCACUGAUCUCAUUUACCUAUCAUUUUAGUAAGUACAGAAUAGCAAAGCAUCUGUUGGUAGUGAUUAGGGUUUUUUGAAAGUCUCAAACAUGUGGUUAUGGUGCUUUGGGAAAUCUGUCUUCAGUUUUAUUCUGUCUAUUUAGCUUCCAUUAAAGCGAAUGAAUGAUUCAAGUUGUGGAGAGAAAUUUGUUGGUUGUCUAACACUAUUUGACUUGUCAAUGUGAGACAUAAAAAAGAAAAUUCUUCUGACUGUCCAUUUUUCUCACUUGCUUUGAUUUCUGGAAGAAACAUACCGUUCAUUGUUAGUGUUUCACUAGCUAGCCUCCUACAUUCCUGUUUUACAAAAGUUUGCCUUAGUUCCUGAAAAUGUCAGCUGAAUAGCUCUGAUGAAUUGUCUCUUUCACAGUUCUUGUGUUGCAGUAACUUGAAACACUUAUAAAAGGUCUUUUUAAAAAUGGUUCUCUCUCCCCCCCAGCAAAUUAUCCAGACAUCUAAUUUAUUGUGAGAGGCAGAUUUCACUUGGGGUUUUUUCUAAAUAUUUUAGACAUGCCUAUAGGCUUUUCUUUUCUUGUAUUUUCUUUCCUUGUGGGACGCGGGUGGCGCUGUGGGUUAAACCACAGAGCCUAGGACUUGCCGAUCAGAAGGUCGGCAGUUCGAAUCCCCGCGUCGGGGUGAGCUCCCAUUGCUCGGUCCCUGUUCCUGCCAACCUAGCAGUUCAAAAGCACGUCAAAGUGCAAGGAGAUAAAUAGGUACCGCUCCGGCGGGAAGGUAAAUGGCGUUUCCAUGCACUGCUCUGGUUCGCCAGAAGCGGCUUAGUCAUGCUGGCCACGUGACCCAGAAGCUGUACGCCGGCUCCCUCGGCCAAUAAAGCGUGAUGAGCGCCGCAACCCCAGAGUCGUCCGCGACUGGACCUAAUGGUCAGGGGUCCCUUUACCUUUACUAUAGGCUCCCAGUUUGCUGUUGCUUUAGGGCUGGUCCACAGAACAAUCUUGGACCUGCCAUUUCCCUAUCCAUCAACUAGGUGAUGUCUAAUGAUGAGCUGGGUGGUGAGGUUCAGUCCUGUUGGGUACUGUUUCAUGAAGAGCAUUCCCUCAACAGAAUGUGUUGGUGAAACAGACCCCAGGAGCCAGCAAGACUGAAAACUGGCUGAUGCUUUGUGGUUUUUGUAAGGAACAAGUCAGGUUUAUAUCAAUUUUAUUUCUUGAAAUACACCCCCCCAAAGUUUUUUUCUGAUCUUUGGUAGUACCAUGAGGCAUGUAGCAAGCAAAGCAAAUGUUUGGAUAUUAUGGAUGGGAUUAACACAACGUUUCCUGCCAGUGGAAGCCCUGUGCAAAAGGACUUCUGCUUUCACAGUGGGGCCCAUUGCUGCGCCCUAGAAAUUGGCUAUGGCGGGGUGGGAGAAUGGCACACAGAAAGGGAGAGAGGAGAUCAUUCCAUCUGGCAUGCAAAAUUCUUGCACACACAGGAAGUUGGUAUAGUGUGAUGUUUAAUUCCGCCCUUUGGUAGAAAUUGCACCGCUUGUUUAUUAGGGUGAAAGUAUACUCGGAAGCAGAAAAGGCUUGAAGAGUGUUUGGUAUCAUAUUCAUUAUGUUUUUGUGGGCAUGUACCUUCAUUAAAAUGGCCCUUCACAAGACAUUAAUAGGACAAGCCUUCAUUCUCCCUUUUGUAGAAUUUAUUUUAUUUAUAAAAAUAAUUAUAUACUCUUAUAUUACAAAAGUAUAUCAGAGUAGUUUACAACAGUAAAAACAAGAAUACAUGAAAACAUACAAAGUUUAAAACAAGUUAAAAAACAAUAAAGUUCAGGAAAAAAGACCAGGAAACCAUUGCCUGCAUAGGCCUGGCAGAAUAGAAAAGUUUUCAGCUGGCAUUUACAAGUUGCCACAGGAGGCGCCACUGAAUGUUGCCAAUGCUUGAAGUUAAAGCUAUAUUUCAUAGUAAUAGCUGUUGCAAUUUACGGCAAAUCCUUUAUUGCUAAAUAUAGUAGUUCUUCACUUUUUUCUCCUUUAACUAGUCAAUUUUUUUGUAGAUGGCUUUUUCUACAAGCAGUUGGAGAAAGUUUAGUAAAACUAUGCACGAGGCUUGAAUGGAAAAAUAGUUAUAACCUAGAAGUAACGCAUUAAUAUACUAAUUUCACCUCCUUAUGCUAUGAAACAAAUAUUGAACCAAAUAUGGGCAUUUACUAGUGUAUGAUUUUUGGAAAUACUUGUAAUUGCAGGUUGUAAGCUCAACAAAUGGAGAGCUCAACACAGAUGAUCCUACUGCAGGACGUUCAAAUGCACCCAUCACAGCCCCUACAGAAGUGGAAGUAAUGGACGAAACAAAGUACGUAUUAUCUUAUACAAAAUAAUCGCUAUGUUACCAUCACAUAUUGUGGUACUGAAUGUGUGAGUUAGUCUGUCUUUUCAAGUGUAAUUUCCACUAUUUUUAGUUCAUGACUUUAACUAGCAAAUCACAAACUGCUUCAAUAGUUUUGCAUUUAAACUUGUUAAAAAUUGAGGUUUUGUUAUUUCCACAAAACCUCCAAGGCAUAGGAGCAUUUUAGUUUUUCAGUACCUAGUUCUCAAGAUAGGACAGGUUGGAGGGAACAAAUACUUGACACGGGAGGGAUUUCUGUUGCUUAAAAUGGGCAGUGUCAUAGUACUACCCAGUAGGGGCAUUCAUGGUGCGCUUUAGACACAGCUUUUCAAAUCACAGGGCCCCAAAGGUACAUGUGACCAUGCGUGUUGAGCUGAAGUGCUUCAAAUCCAAUCGCUGCUUGUAUUUGUCACUUUUUAACUUAGAAAGCUCUCAAAACUACUUACCCAAAAGAAUGCAAAUGAGUGCAGCUAUUCUCUAGGGAAGGCUGCAGCUUGAGUCCCUUUUCUAGGGAAUUAAAGCACUAUUGCCACUUUUCUAGGGACUCAACAGAGCAUAUUUCUUCCCUCCUCCACCUGAUUAGUACAGUAAAUUGGAGGUGGGUGCAUCUUUUCAUAAACCCAUGUAAGUACCCUUUUCUCUGAACUCCAAAUAACUCAAGAUCUUCAUACGCCAGUGAUGUGGUAGUGGUAAAAGGAAUAGGGCUUUAUUGACACCUAAAAGAACCCCUCUGCAUGUGAGCAUGGGGCACUUUUAGGGUAUAAUUAUACCCUCAUUGAAAAUUUUGCAAAGCAAAUUGCAUAGCAAAGAAGCAAAGUUUGUGCAUUUGUUGUACUGUAAAAUAUCGUUUCGGUUCUUGAUAACUUCGGUGUUAUGUUAUAUAUGCAAAAUGCAGCACUUUUACAAUGGAUAGCAUUCUGAUUCUCUUUCCCCUUUGUAUUUUCUUUGUAUUAGCUGCCAGAAAGUGUUGAACAUGUGGUGAGUUCUAAAGUGCAGGCAGGCAGAAAAAGGCUCCAGAGCAUUUUAAAAACAAAAGAGCUCUCAAGAGCAAAGUACAAUUGGAAAACCAUUACAAAUGAAUUCUAAUGGCUUUUGCUAUUGGUCUUUUUUAACAUGAGAAACUUACUACCUUAUCGAGGAGCACUUUUGCCUGCUUCUGUUUCUGCUUGUUUUUCAAAUCUUGGUGUACUUUUAUCUAAUACUUCUAAAUUUUUGUUUUAAUGUCAAUGAUUAUAUGCAGUAGUUUACCUAUUGGUAUGCCAUUAUAGAGGGCAGACUAUUUUUUUUAGGUGCUAACAUCAUAAACAAUUAAAGCACUAUUGCCACUAAGUUAUAGCAGAUAUUUAUGAAAGUUUAGUCAUUGGUAAUUAUUUGCUAACUGAUAGCUCAACCUGUGUACAUUUGCAUUUCUCAAAUUCAUACUUUUGCGUGUUCCCUGACUUCAUUGCUGAAUGCAAUCUGUGCACAAAGCUAAUUUUUAUCAUACUGAUUUACUAACCCUGUAACUAAAUGGCAGAUUUUCUAAAGUGGUGGAAGAGCUUGUCAAACUUACGUUGUUUGGUAUUUGUACCAGACAAUUGGGAGACAUAGGGGCAUUUUCUUGAGGCAAAUUAAGGUUAAAACAACAUAAUCCAGUGUAUUUGUUUAAACAUGAGCUAUAAUAAUAUACAAGUGAACAUAAAUAUAUUGGUAGAGGUCACAGCCUAAAAUACAUUGAUGAAAGCUGUGUAAACCUGCCUCAGUAAAGCUGCAGAACAAGCAUGGUGUCAGGUACACAAUAGUCAUGACAAAUAAAAUAAAUCAUAAAAGUGAAAAUACUGCUUUGUUCAUCUCAUUCAGAGAAGAAAACGCUUUGAGGGAUGGACCAGUAAUAUAUCCUAUCUAGAACUGGGAAUGAUAAUCAGACUUUGUGCAAAAUCUUGUCAGAAAAAUAGUGUGCCCUGGCUGCAAUUUGAAGUGAAAGUUUUGCGCCUGCCUAGGAAAAAUUUCCAUGCAGUGCAGAACGAGCAGGCAUUUCAAAAGAAGCAUUGUCGCACUGACCGAAAAGAUCCUAUCACUGAUGACAUCCUUACAUGCAUCACGUAUGGUAUCGCAGUCAUCCCUUUUCAGUACAAAUGAGCUCUCAGCUAGCUUUAUCUUUGCACAAACCUGGGAUGAAUGUGGGAAGUUCUUUCAUGCUGGCUCUUGCUCAUGUUGAUGUCAACAGUAGUGGGAAGUGCAAAUGACUACAGAACAUUUCUUCUUGAACUGUGUAUAUGUCAAGUCUCUGUGAACUAUUGUGUACAUGUGGAAAUUGUUCAUGUGUAGUUCCACAGCUUUUGCUUCACCUUAUUUGUUUAUUUAAUAUACUUUUAUUCAGCCCUAUAGCAAGAUUUUAGGGCAGGUUACUAAUCAAUUAAAGUACAGAUGACCUAAGAGCUGUGCAGAACAGAUAAAACAAACUUAAUGGUAGCUCAAUCAUAAAAAAUACAUUAUGGAGUCAGCAGGACUCCUUAAAACAACAAACUAAUGCUAGCAUUUUUUUUUAAUGCCUGUGCAAAUAGGUGUUGUAAUGCCAGCAGAGUCAGUGGCAGGUAUAGUCCUUCCAUAACCUUGGAUAUUGUUUAUGAUUAUGUCCUAGAGUUAGAUUGGAAGACAUCAAUGGAAACCAGCUGGGGGGAAAAAAUCAACUUCUCACAUUGUUCCAAAAACCCCACCAACAAUGAGGAGUGAGAAAAAAACCCUCCCAAACUGCAAAGGGUAGUUCCUUGAGUGACAGGUUACUUACUGCCUAAGUGCAAUAGGGAGAAAUGCCCACAGGAUUGCACCAUUAAUGUAUUAAACAAGUGCUGGUUAUAAGAAAGACUAUAUAAGAAUAUUUUAGAAGCAUUCCGUCUCUAGGCUAAACAAAGAAAACCUUUGCAAUGCAUAUAUUGUGUGGCAAAGGGAUGCAAAGUCUAGUGGUAAGAAUGAAAAGUGUAAAAGUACUAACUGUAAAAUAACAUAGUUUAGUAGUCAGAUUUACACCAUUGUUUUGAUGCAGAAUCAGUGGCAAGCUUCAUCUUCAUACUUUCUUCUUCUUCUUGCUGAUUCAAAUCAUGAGUUAAAUUGCCUUGAAUUCAUUCAGACACCCUGAUUCAAAGCCUCACAGCCUAAGCCACCAGUUUUCUUCUCACAAAUGAAAGGAGCUCCCUCCUCCCAGGCAAUUUCACUGUAUCUUACAGAAACAUUGAUCCAGUUUAGAGAUUAACUGAAGGCUAGAAAGGAACAUAGGAGUCAGGCCAUUGGUCCAUCUAACUCAAUAUUGUCUACAUUGACUGCCAGUGACUCCUCAGAGUUCCAGGCAGGAAUCUCUCCCAGCCCUACCUAGUGUUGCAGAGCAUUGAAUCCAGGAUGUUUUGCAUGCAAAACAGCUACUCUGAGGUAUAGUCCAUCAUCUUUAUUCUCUCUGAGACUGAGCAGUGAGGUGGAGUUCAUUUGAGAUGCUGGAGAAAUGCACAUGUUCUGCGUUCCUUCCCCACGUUGUAGCCCUUUUCCUUGAAGUGGUGAAUGAUAUUACAGUACUAGGAAGCAUGCCUUCCUGACAGCUACUAUCCUUUGCUUCAUUUCUCAGUACUGAGAAGCGUGGGGAAGGGGAGGGAGUUGGGUAGGUGCGUUAGCUGCUUUUUCUAUUAGGAUGGAGAUGUUGGCCAAUCUUUACAUCUAUUUGUUAGCUCAAUCCGACCUUUUCUUGGCAGUUUGAUUGGUAACUGAUUUGAGUCACCUGCUCCUGUCUGUCUGUCACCGUACCUUUCCACCACCCAUUAGUAAUUACAUGAGAUAAAGUGGGAGGAAACGUGGGAAAUAGGAGAUUCGUAGGUGUGUGGCUCUGCAUGUGAGGAGGAGGAAAUGACAAAGGACCAAAUGUCGCUCUUUAUGCUCUCACUUCAUCCUCUCAGGGUCCCCCCCCCCAGGUAGCCCUUUCUUAAAAUUUUGCUUCCUAAAUCUGUCUCUCUCUUUGUUUUCUUUCUUGGAAUACCUUCUAGUAUUCUGUAUGCGUGUGUGUCCUUCAUUUGUUGUAAGUGGACAAAUAAGCUUACUAACAACCCACUGUUAUCCCUGUUAUCAUAGUCUCUGUAGUAUUUCAAUAUUCACACUUGGAGUCCUUUGGAAAAUAUAAGUAAUUGUUGACUGGCUUUCUUAGCUCUAAAUCAAUUUGGCUACCAUAGUUUACAAUCGGUAUCUAAACUUCUGUUCACCUGGAAAGGAAGUCACCUUGAAACGCAACAUAUAUUUCAGGUGGAAUUCUAAAUACUUUGGAGUUUUUUGUGAAAUUCCCUUUGGGUUUUUAAACGGGAUUCAUCCUGGUUGGGCAUUUCUUGGAGUUCAUGUCAGGAGGUUGGUCCCUUGGCAACUACUGACAACAAGCCUGGUAAAAGAGCAUCAGUAGCUGCCACCAAGAGUGCAUCUGGGGUCUGCUUCCCCCUUCAGCCUGAGCUAUGCUGUCUGUUUUUGUUGCUCUCUACAAAUAUUGCCUUCUUGUUGGGAAUUGGCCUGGACCAGCCCUUAGAGGCAUGGGAAUAGGAGUGGAAUGUUUGCUGCCUGCUAUUUAAUGGUGUGGGAAAUAUCAAAUUGAAUAUCAGAGACGGAAGGGGCAUGUGAAACCAAUAAAAUGUUGCAGUGUGCGGUGCUCCUAUUCAUGUUUACUGUCAGCCAUGCUCUCUUCCAGAAUAUUUCAUUCUCCCUGCCCCAUGUUUUUAGGGCCACCUUCUUUACAACAGGCAGUGUGUUCUGCACCCACUGAGCAGGCACAGUCCUCACUGAGCUGUUUUUGUACUCCUGCAAAGUACUUUGAGGCUGUCUCAUCUAGAUAGGCCUGGCUUGUGGCUUUAUUUUGCAGCUCUUUGAUGCAUAUUUGUAUCUCCACACCCCCAUCAUUUGGCUGGAACAAUCAUGUUUUCCAGGCAUAUAGAAAUUCAGUAGUUGUUGUUGUUUAAAAGGUUAGUAUGCUUUCCAAGAAACAGAUGAGUUACCCCAGCAGAACUUGAUGACUGUAAGCCUAAGAUAGGAGGAAAAGCUCCUGAAAACAAUUAGACAACCAAAGCCAAAGUUGAUGUAAGCAACGAGAAAUUAAAAGCCUAUAAAUUGACCUGGAAAAUAAAUAGACCUGGAAAAUCCUGAAGUGCAGGCACAUCUUAAAAAUAAAUGAUGGGAAAGGUCACAUAUAGAGAUGUUAAGGGAAAAGGAGAUUUCCUUUCCCAUGCCUUGGCUCUCAGCCUGGGCAAGAUUUGACACUUUACUUUGUAGGUGGGGAGCAGACAAGUUGUUAAAUCAACUAUAUUAUAGACCCAUGACAUUGCACAGGGCAGCUUAGUUUUGAAUGCAUUUGCCUGCAGUGAGAACAAAGGUCCUGAAAAUAGUUAACUACUGUUUGCACAAAGCAAUUAAGUCCUAAAUCAUUUUAUAGCCUUUAGAACUAAGGCAGUAUAAGUUCAUGUAGACUAUAAAUGCCGCCUUCUGUGUUACAGGUCAUGAGUAUGUAUCUCCUUUUCUCACAGACUUGGAAUUUCUGCCUCAAAGGGGAUAGAUAGUAGAACGCCGCAGAAUAGUAACUGUGUGUUAUAUAUGGGAAAGCGAGGCCCUCUAGUGACCAUUUAUAGUUAAGAGCAUAUCAUUGGCUGCAACUGGUAUUCUACAGUUGUGUGAAUAUCUUUUUAAUGCAAACAAAGCAGUUACAACGUUUUAUGAAAUAUGUAUUUGUCCAAAUAAACAGGGUGAUGUUGAGGAUAGUGUUAUGUAUGUAUUAGCAUCAAUUUCUUCAACUCUUAUUGUAAUGCGUUUUGAUAAUUGUUUAUAUCAGCCUUCCCAAACCUGGUGUGCCCUCCUUGUUCCUCAUAUUUUUUUAUUUCACUAGAUUAUUUUUAGAUCACCUAAUAACAAAGGUGGUCUAGCAAAUAAAAUUUUUAAAAAAUGCACCCAGUCACAAAUAAAACAGUAGUACAAAACACACAAAAAAAACAGGAAUGAAAUACACAGUACUAAACCACUUAAAGUAGAGAUUAGUCAAAUCCACUGAGGUUAAACAAUGUUUGAAUUUACAAUACUUAGAAUUAUGCUUCUCAGAAUCACCCAGAUUUUAUUAAGCCCCUUUGAUAUGGUUGGGGUUAAGCCUAUUGUCAGUUGGCUAUAAUCAGAAAUUGGGCUAUUAUUAAUAUAUCCAAAGUUAAUCACUUUUGGAUUUGCAUAGUAUCUUCAUUCAAGAAAGCCUUCCAAAAUUGACUGUCAUUUUAGCAUGACAAGACUGAGGCACUGAUAAUGGGUGGUUCCCUAGAUUGGAUGGAUGGGAUUACACUUCCUCUGAAGGAGCUGGUACACAGUUUGGGAGUACUCCUGGAUUGAUUGCUGUCGUGUGAAGCUCAAGUGGUCUUGGUGGCGCAGAGUGCCUUCCAUCAGCUUUGCCUGGUGCCCCAGCUACGCCCCUAUCUGGACACAGGGAUAGCUUAACUUCUGUUAACCUCUAGGUUAGAUUACUGCAAUGCAUUAUACAUGGAGCUGGCUCUGAAGACAGUUCAGAAACUUUAGUUGGUGCAGAAUUCAGCAGCCAGGUUGCUGAUCCUACUGCACUACCAAUUAGUUUUCAGGCCCAAUUCAAAGUGCUGGUUUUGAUCUAGAAAGCCUUAAACCGCUGAGGAACACAAUACCUCUAGGGCCGCCUCUCCUCAUAUGAACCAUCCUGGAUCCUGCAACCAUCAUAUAAGGCCCUUCUUUGUGUGCCUUCUCCGCAAGAGCUCUGGAGGGCAGCAACAGGAGAAUGGGCAUUUUCUGUGGUGGCUCCCCUUUUAGGGGAUACUUUCCCCAAAGACGCUCUCCUGGCACCCUUGUUACAUAUCUUUAGGUGCCAGGCAAAAACAUUCCUCUUCCAGGCCUUUGGCUAAUUAAACAGUCUAUGGCCUUUUAAACUGUGAUGGGUGGUGUUUUUCUUUGUUACAAUGGUAUGUAUUUUUUGCGUUUUUAUAUUGUAAGCCACCCUGUGAUCCUUGAAUGAAGGGCAGUAUGCAAAUCAUGUAAUGUAUGCAAAUCAUACAUUGUUUUACCCUUUGAACCUUCUUGUUCAUCACUGAGUACACUGGCUGGUAGCAGCUUUUCUUGACUGUGAAUUUGCCUCCCACUUUUCCUCUGCUGGCCUUACUGGGGUUAGCAUGAACCCUGAUUAAUGGUGGUGCCAAGUUUAAGUGAACAGAGGGAAUUCACACUCAGUAAGGGAGAGUGUGAUCAGUUGUACGACCUGUGUCUCUUAAGACCGUACUGUGUCUUCAGUGGCCUUUUCUCUAAUACUUAGAACUGGGCCUCAUGUUCUGUAGCAUAGUCCAUAUAUGCUGUUGAAAGGGGGAAAGGGGAUUUUUGCUUGUCAUCCUGGGACUUAUUUUGCAGCAUACUACAGGGUGCAGUUACAGUUCUAUGUUGAUGUUAAAGAAUACUGAACAGACAUGGGGCAGAAAUCCCCAUCUUUGCAAUGUUUUAGAAGUUAGCAGUGUCAUUUUUACUCAGACAUUCAGGAUUUUGCUGUAAUGUUCAUCUUUUGACAUUUCACACUUUAAUGCCUAAGUCACUUGGUUGCUUUCACAAAGGCAGGAACACAUUCUUGCUCUAUUCCUUUGCUAGAGUGGGGACAUAGCCUGCUCCAUGUCCUGUAUAAAGACCUGAGAGCAGGUGGAUGGAACGUUAUGACACCAGUGAAUAAACUGGUCCAAACAUCCACCACCUCUCUUUCCUGUUUGGCUACCCAUAAUGCUAUAGUGUAACUGUCAACAUUUAUCACUUACUGAUGGCAUUAACACUGUCAAAUGGUAAAAGAGGCUAUAUAAGUAAUUCUUCACUAUAUAAACAAAACCUUAAAAAGUGAAGCCAUUCUCUUGAUUCAGACACAUGUUGCUUAUGUCAAAAGCAAAAGAUUCAACGGCAUCACAUGCUUAAAAAAUAACAACAGAUAAACCAGCCCCCAAAGCCACACAAAAUAUGCCCACUGAUGACUACAGAUUUAUGUUCAAACAUUGCCAUGCCUAGUUCAUAUACUGUUUGUUAGUAGCUAAUGAAACCAACGUACAGGGAUCUGUUGUCUUGUGUUGUACUUAUUUUUUCCCUAAUAGAUGUUGAUUCCACAUAACUAUACCACCUUCAUUGCACCAUCUGCAUAGAUAUCAGAUGAUGAAAUGUUUUAGAAGUCUGCUUUAUUACACUUAUUUCCCUAUAAGUUGAUGUGAUUUGUCUUUAACCUGCUUUGAACUGGCUUAAUUUUCUUAACUGUAUUUAGAUCAGCAUGAUAUUUAUAUCAGAGAUACCUUGUUCUGCAUGUAAGACCAUUUUCAUUUCACAAUUGCAGGUGCUGCUGUUUUUUCAAGCGAAGGAAAAGGAAAACCAUUCAGCGUCACAAAUGACUUUGGAAGAAGGCAGACCAUGGGGAAUUACUUACUUGCUCAUCUGCUAUAUCGUGAUUAGUGACCACACGUUUUUCUGGCACCCCUAUUUCAAUGAGAAGGUCCUCAUAUUUGCUUUGAUUUGGUGGUUCAACAUACUUAGUUUGGAUCAUCUCUUCUGGAAGCUUUAAAUCUGUGUCCACAUGAGUAUAUAUUUGACCACUAAGAUACUGGACCAAUGGGGAAAAAAUGCUGCUCUUUCCUCCAGCAAAACUAAACUGUCAUAGAAAACAUUAGCAGUGAUUAGCUGAAGACCAGAUAUUUCAUAAACCUGGCAUGUGCUGAGGUUUUUCUGAUGCCAUACCGAAAGCAGGUGAUUUUUCAGAGAACAAUGGACAUGAAAGCAUAACUACCCAAACAUUUGAAAUACGUCUUGCUUUAAGAUUUUUUUUGUCAGUAACACUUGCAUUGAUUUCCCCCUCCCCCAUUGCUUUGAAGGUACUGCAUUUGCAAAAUUGUUACCAUUAAAUCCUAUCAGAAAACAUGGUACAGUCACUGCCCAGUGGUACUGAGACAGAAGCAAGAGAAGGAGUCCUCUGAUGCCAAAAGUCUGUGCUGUGGUUUCUAGGGGAGCAGGUGAAUCACUGUUGGUAAAAUCUGGAUUUAAAACUCAGCUUUUGUUGUGCCUCUAAUUGAAAUGCAGUGUAGUAGAAGUGGCAAUAGUGCUUGUACAGAAAUAAUGUUUGUAUAAUGCAAGUUGUGCUUCCAGUUAUGUCCGACACAAAGGAAACUUCAACAGAAAGAUGCUUAGGAGUUAUGAAAAAACACACUACAAGGAAAUAACUGUGAACAUGAAUCGGGGAAUACAUUCAAAAUAAUAAUAAUCAAAAGUUAGUGCUGAAUAACAAGUUUCAAGGUGAAGGUCUGGAUGUGCCAUGUAACAAAAUUUAGGUCUGUUUGUAAAUUAUUUUGCUAUUUGAUUUAAGAAAAGAAAUGGAUUGGAUGUCAUACUGCCUUUAAUGAAUGCUAGCCCUUAGUUCCUGAUCACAGCCGGGGGUUCCUGGAACUUUCUUACGCUUUGGUGAAAUAUUGCGACACUAAGAAACAGUUAAUAGCCUUGGUCAGGUACUUUCCUCAUAGCUCCUUGAAGUGCCUGUAUUAUGAACAAGUGAACUGUUCAGUAGAAAAGGCAGCCCCCCCAUUGUUUCAUUUAAAGCCAUAAUGACAGAGGUGUGCUUUUGUCAUGUUUAGCUGCCAGCAUCAUGUGGAGAACGGAGCAAAGGAAGUAAAAUGGCUAGACAGAUUUGUUGACCAAAACUCAAUGGUUUGUUUCCUUUUAAAAAGAGCCUCCUAGAGCUAACUUUUAAUAACUUUGUCUAUCAGUGCAUGCCUUUGGGCAUACUUAUUUAUUUUUAAUAUCUUGUGGUAACAUUCAAAAUGUGUAUUAAAAUCGAUAAAUGCACACCUUUGGAUUCAUUAUUGCAUUUACAGGGAUUGUUUUGUAAUUUAUUUUUUUCCCUUAACAGCCAAAAGUGCAGUGCAUUGUCUUGAAAUUAGGUGCACAUAAGAACACAUUGUGCAGAUCUGGUCAUUGUUUGUCACUGUUGCUGUUAAUGACUUUAGUAAAUCCUUGGUAUACAAGCUUGAACCUGGCCUAUUAAAACAUAGACUAUAUUACUUGGUCGAAAGUUUUCACUCUACCUGUUUGUAUUAUUGAUAAUGUCUUAAACUCCCAAUGAGAGUUUUUAAUUUUUAUUUGAGCUGAGAAGGUAGCCAUCCUAAUGUGAACACUUUCUUUGCAGUAUUUGACCAAAUUUUUCUUCAUAAUAUUUGUAAAUACAUGCAGUAUCCUAUCAUACACCUGUUCGAUUUCAUCUUCAAGGGUUUCUUUGGCCUGUACAGUGUUUAUAUGAUCUGAACUCCUUACACAUAAUCCAAUUAUGGACUUGAAGAUUAAAAAAAAUAUAAAACCUGUUUGUUUACUGCAAAGACCAGAAUCUAGUCAUGGCUAUUUAGCAAUAUUUUUAAGUACUCCACUUUAAUGCUAAGGAAGACCUUGUCCUCGCAACACACAACUGGUCAGUAGUAAGUUAUGCAGUUAUGUUCAGGUUAAGCCAACAAUGUUUGCAUUUAUAUGCUUUUUCCCUGUCUAAACUAAUGAAAUCAACAUUGCCUGAAUGUCUGAAUAAUAAAACACAUCCCUGUUUAAAAAUAUGUAACAGAUGAAGAAGAAAAAAUAAAGGUAGUUUUUUUACUUGUCUCUUC